AACAGCCCGUCACAACACUGUCCAAAUAACAGAUUUUAACAGAGUACCAUCUUUGACAAGACAAAUAGCAUAUCAUAAUUUAGGAUUUGGGAGCCCAAACAUAUUUCAUAAGACCCACUGCACAAUGCGACAUUGAAAUGACAUCUAUCGUUUUUUUUCAAAGUCUAAAUCAGGUCUCCUGACCCUGACUCUAACCCUAACCCUCACCUAUGACAUCCAAAUGUGAUAUUGAUGUCUGAAACAGGUCAAUAUAAAUCUUGGACUAAUUUUGCAUGUUAACACGACUUUUAGAUUCGGUGGUGGACAGCACAUCCAAAUUACGUGUUAAUGUAAACGUCAGUUCAACGUCUAAAAGAGGUUCUAAUAAUGACGUCUAAAUCUUGGAUCUAUUUUGCAUGUUGCGCCAACGUCUAGAUUUGGUCCUUGUCGGACCACGCACACGUCUAGAUGAGGUUCAAAUGUGUACGUCAUUUCAACGUCCAAAACAGGUCCAAUAAUGACGUCUAAAUCUUGGAUCCAUUUUACACGUUGUGACAACGUCUAGAUUUGGUCUUCAGAUGACGUCCAAAUUCUAAACGUCAGAGCGACGUCUAAAAAAGGUCCAAUUUGGACGUCGAAAUUUCUAACCUAUUUUGAACGUCGCACUAACGUCCAGAUGUGGUCUUUGACGGACUGAUCUAAUACUGACUUGAUCUGCACGUCUGUUCGACGUCCGAUGCCAUGCUAACACCAUACCAAGCCCCCUUUAGAUCUACCUCUGCUCUCUACCACAGUUAUGAAUAAUUAAACACAACAAAUGCUACACUCUGACCGUAUGAUUUUCUUCAUAACAACAAAACUUAACAUACACCGGAGUUGAAGGAAGAACCUAAUCCUCGGAACUACUUUACAUUCAGUCUAAACCGCUAGACGUUUAUUUUUUAAGGAUAUUCACUGGAUUAUAGGAGCUGCCUGUGAGCUUAAUGCUGUAACAAGACGCACACAUUUGUACUCUUACGAACUGGAAGUACAAGAUGAAAGGAAACAGGGCUCCUCCUCCAUCACCGUCCGGACAGGUGGGUGUCAGGUGUGAAAUGUCAGCCACAGUAGGAUAAAGUGACUUCUGCCGUCUCUCAGUGGCUCGCUGCAGCACGUUAAUGGAUGAGGGCGCGCAUGGCUCUGAUUGGCCGGGCGCACGGCUCUCAGCAGGAGCGCAGAGCUCUCUGCUUGUCAUUACUGUUGCACUGGUUCAGAAGCGCGUGGACACCGCUGGGCUCAGUGUGUGCAUCUUAGCUCGGACCACGGAUUAAUCCUACACUCGAUUCCCACCAUGGAUGCUACCUUAUAUCAGUUUAUAUUCGGGGAGCUCGCGGACUUAAACUGUAGUUUGAUGGAUGCUUUCCAGGACACUUUUUUGGAAAACGCGUCUUUGUCAUUGCUCAGCACUGAUGGUGAGGUGAACCUGCUUCUUGUAGCAGGUGUAUCAUCUUGAGAAAUCAAAAAAGUGCAGCUGUAUGAGCAAUUAUCUUUAUUCUCUCUGGUUUAUUUCUUCCUCUUUAGGUUUUUAUUGUAAUGCUACAACGGAUGAGAUUGGAACCUGCUGGCCGCGGAGCAGCACGGGGAGGAUCGUGGAGAGACCCUGCCCGGAGUACAUCAACGGGGUGAAGUACAACACAACCAGUAAGAGAUUUUAAUGUCAAUCCAAAAGUUGUAAAUCGAGCAUUUUAAAGGAAAUCGUGGUUGUUUGCAGAACUUGAUAGAAAAAAGAAGCAUUUACUGAAAACUCCCAGACAGACAUGCCUUCAGGUAAUAGUAAAAUAUUAACUGUGGUAAUGAGGGAAAAACAUUAACCAAAUGAGUUACUUGUUUGCAUGAUGGAUGUACCAUCUAUGCUAAUAAUCGGGUUAUUUUAGGUCUGAUAAGCCUGUCAUGAUGUGAUGCAGAGAUGACAGUGAAUCUCAAUGAUCAUUACACCUCUCAUCAGUGGAGAAGCUGCAUCAGUGCACUGCUCAGUGAACAUUUAGGAGCAGAUUUUCCCCAGAUCACUCACUCUUUACAUUGAUUUAUAGUUCCUGGUUGUUCUUUGUGUUUAAUAUUAAUACUUUUCUGUAGAUGAAUAGUUAAACUUGGACAAGAUCCAUCAUGUUGAGAUCUUUGACUUUGUACUACAGUGAUGUUCCAAAAAGAAAAGAAACCCUCAGUGGUCAACCGAAGAUUUAAGACACACAAACUUGAAAUAAUGGCCCACAAGUGUAAGUAAAACAAAGACUUUCAUCAUUUAAGGAAUGGAAAUUUCACUGGCAGAGACUUCUUAGUCCAAGUGAACUGGAGCGCAGUGCAGACUUCUUUUCUGUCACAUAUAGUUAGCCAAACAAGUUUUUGGUUGUCCAGUCUGGUACUUAGCUGAGAGUUGAGGUCUCCUCCGAUCACAUACUGCAUGUUACGAUGAAUCUAACCCACAAUAAUGAGUUUGGUGCUCAGCUAUUCAGCUGGCACUAUCUGCAGUCUUUCAAAAUGAAAAAAAUAGUUAUGAAAGAGUUCAAGUUUACAUUUGCAUUCUUGAGAGACAGUAUGUGCCCAAACCAAAACAGCAUGAGCCCGUAUUUUUAAACCAGAAGCUGAGAAAAACAUAUCACCUCUUUAACACCACACCAACUCUGUACUGUUAUAUAACUUCAGUAUUAAUCAUUAUAGACUGCUGAAAGUGUUGAAACCUUUAGAAUAAAUAAUUAAUUUGUUAAUUUUCACUUCAUAACAACUAAAAUUAACUUCUUUAAUGUAACAAGUGAGCAGAGCAUCUGUGGCUGUAUUUUUUCAUUUAACACCUCUGUGAUCUCCAGUGCAGGUGCUGUUUCAUUAUUCUCUAACCACACACUCUCAAGCACAAACACACACACCCUGCCCUCUGUAGUCACCUCUCACUUCACUGAUCUAGCCUUUGCUCUGUUGGUGCUCAGCAUUAGUUUGACGCUGUUGUUGGUGGUUUGAUAUCGCGGCAUUGAACAGUUUUAUAUCAUUGAUCUCCCAAUCAGACAAUAGGCCUGUCAAAUACUCGGAAGUAAAAUAAAUAGUCUGCUUUUGGUGAUGAUUUAACUGCACUCCAUUGUUGCCUUCUGUUGUUUUCUAGGUUUUGACGAAUCAAAAAGGAAAUAAUAAGAACAAGAACAAAAGAAAGAGAAUAGUUCUCAGAAAAUUUGGCAAAAACAUGGAAGAAAUUAGAGUCACUUGAAAGAAUAAAACAGCAGACUGAUUUUUUUGUCACCUUUUCUCGAGUCCUUGAGGGAAAUUGUAAUAGGAAUGAGUCUCUCUGACAGCAGAUUGUGCAGGUUUUAUUCCUGCAUUGUGAAAAGCAUCUAUUGUUAAAAAGACUAAAUCAUUUUGUAGAUCUCUGUUGGUUUGUUCCUUUUAAUUUAGCUUGUUGAUUAUAACACUCAGUAUAUUGCUUUAUUUGUGGAAUAUUAGGACAAAGUUGCAUUAUAGGGUGGAAUAUAAAGGAAUUUUGCAGUUUGAUGACUUUACAGUUCCAUAAUAGAAAUCAUUUUAUGGCUUGUCACUCACAUUGAUUGUUGCUGCUUUUGCCUAGAAAGCCUCCCUGUAUGAGAAGAAAAAAUACAUUAGGAGCAUGGAAUUUGAAUCAGAGCCACUGGGGCUAUAUUGGCUUAGCUGUCUGUGAUCAACUGUCACACUCUAGAAAUGCAGCAAUCACGCAGGAAUACCAAUACGCUGAUGAAAGUUUGCUGUGCAGUCCUCUUUGAUGCACUCCUCAUCAUCGUAAAGUGCCUCAGAGACCCUGUAAGGUUAUGGCAGUGAUGCAUGUGAGCAUGCAGUCUCAGAGGGAGAAUGAUGUGACUGCAGUACGAUGUGUUAAAGCAUUGCAUGGUAAGCCUUAGCAUGCUCUUAUCAUGCUUUAAAGGCGAGCUGAACUGUGCUAGGUAUGCAAUACUGAUCUGCUAGUUUUAGAAUAUUUUAUUUAUUUCGUUUGUUGAUCACGUUUUCACACAAGUGGGGCAACCUGCCCACAAAGCCUCCAGAGGGUUCAAGUCCUGGAUUAAAUCCAUGUUACAGUAGGUGAUAGGUGGUUCAGAGAGCAGAGGGAGUGUUAACUUGGAAAGAAUUUCUGUGAAGAGCAUGUCUGCACUUUAUUUAUUUAUCAGCCUUGGUAUUUAAAAUAGCUAUGAAGGCACAUGUUUGUGGGUGUCUCUAAAUGUGGCUGAACCACAAUUCAGAAACAUUCAUCAUAGGCUAAUUGGCAAAUUGUAUGUGAGACUGUGAGAGUAAAUAAUUUGUCAGCCCUGUUUUUAUCUUGUGACCUGGGGUACAACUUGCCUCACACCUCAUCUCCAUUCCCCUUUAAACCCCAGAGGACAACACCUAAACCAAUGGAAAGCUACAAUAUUUAUGCUGAAUGUUAACCUUUUUUAACCUGAUGUAUUUUUCACAGGGUCAUAUAGCCUCAUGAGACCUUGUUGACCUUUAACCACAUGUUUAUACACAGUACACUCUGAGACACUGAAGCCUGCGGGUUGAUCGGUACACUCACACAGCAAACCACUCACUGUUGGCCAGAUUCUCACCAUUCCUGUUCACAAAAUUCUGAGUUAGACUUAUUUUGGAAGCUAUAGUCAGUGAAUCAAAUUUGAUAGGUUUACUCAAAUGUGGUAUUGUCCAUGUAAAAUUUAAAGGACAUCCAAUCACCUUAGUCCAUAGUCAAUGAUGGCUGAAUGUCAUGAAAUAUAAAAAAGAUUUUGGUUGAAUAUUACAGGGAAUAAGAAAAUUACAGGGAAGAAAAUCUUGUACUACUGUAAUUUCACUGAAAAGCUUGGGUAAUUGUGCCAGCUGAAAGGUACUUUCUUUGAAAUAAGCUCAAAGGAUGAGAAAAAUAGAGGUGAAUGCAUUGGAGGUAUGGUUAUUGGGCGGAAGCUGGGUGGCAAAGUAGUGUGUGUGUGUGUAUGUGUGUGUGUGUGUGGGGGGGGGGGGGGGGCAUUAAGCUAUGGAAGGAAUAAAGAAGUAGGAUAUAACAAUACUGAGUCAAAGACGGCUGUAGAAAAAGGGGUCAAACUUGGAUGUGAGAAAGGGCUCAAAAUCAGAGGAAUGAUGAAGGGUCAUUGUGUCAGAGAUGAUGGGCUCAGACUAGGAUGGUCUGAUAAGAGAUGAGAGAAAUAUGGAGGUGUUACAGGGAGUAAAAGUGGGAUGGAAUGAUAAAGGGAUUAAGUAGGAUCAAGUGUUAUGAGGGGUCAAAGUGGGUUGAAGUGUGAAGGAGCCAGAGUAAGAUGGAGUGUUUGGGUCAACGUAGGCUCGAUUGUUGGGGGUCAAAGUAGAAAUGGCGUGUCAGAGGGUAGUCUUUACCCUCAUUUAUGCUCGCUAUAGGUAUGAAAAUGUACGCCUCCGUUUCAAACGAUGGUUCCGUCACUGCUCACAUACUUCCAUGCGUCCUUUACGUUGGCAUGGAUGUUAACCAUUACAUCCACCAUGGGGCAGGCCGGAGUCAAAAGUUUCUGACAACAACAAACAGAAAGAAACAUGGCGACCGUGGAGGAGCUUGUGAUAAUGUAUAUUUUGCACAGAAGACAGAAACAGAGGCCACUAAAUGUUUCGCAGUUGGUGGAUAGAGAAUUUUUUCUCUAGUAGUACCGAUGAGAGAAAUUGACGACGAUUGUCAUUUUCAGACCCGCCAUUGUCUUCUUCGUUUCUCUCUAGAGAUCUGUACUGGGUAGUGACAGCAGCAUCACUGUCUCCAUGGUUUCCGGUGGUACUCCGUCCAUAUCCGGAUCCUUAUGUAACGUUGAGCAUAAAUGAGCCUUUACAGGCUGGGAAAGGAUGGGAUGACAGGGGUCAAAGAACAGGGGAUGUUAGGGGGUUAAGGGUGAUGUAUUGGAAGGGGCCCGGUAGAUUGGUAUAGAGGGGGUGGAAGAUGGAUAGAGUAAAAGGAGUAUAAGUAUUAUGAACGAUAGGGGAUUAAUGUAGUGUAGGCCAGUAGUGGUCAACUGUGAUGGAAUAAAUGGGGUCAAAGUAUGAUGGAUUUAGAGGAGGUAGGAGAUGGAUGGGGUGAUAAAGGGUCAGACUACAAUUGAAUGAAAGGGGUUGAAGUUGUAUGGGUGACAGAGAGUCAUGAUGGGAUCACGUGAAAGGGGUUCAAAGCAGAAUGGAAUGAAAAAGGUCAAAAGUAUGAUGGGAUGAUAGGGGAAUUGUGAUGAGGCUAAAGGGUGUUAGAUGAGAUGGGAUGAAAGGAGGAUGGAUGGGGUGAUAUUGGACCAAAGUAGAUUACUAUUCAACAAUGUUAGGCUUUGGCUUGGGUUAGAAACCAAGGGGUCCAGGGGGCAGGUCUUUGUGGAUUUUUUGUGUCCCUGUGGCUCUGAUACUAAGAGGAUAAGCAAGAGAUGGGAGAGGGGGGUCAGGGGUAGGGGGGUUGUGUAAACAGAGAUAAAUAGAGGACAAAAGCGUAGGCGUGGCUUUAUAGGUAUGUAGAGGUAAUAGAAUUAAGAAAGCAUGAGUUAGCCUUUAUAGUUUGUGAGGCAGGGGAAUUGAAUUUCUGAGAAAGGCCUAGUCCUGUCCCAGAGUCAUCAUUAGAAUAACUUAACAGUAUGUGGAGACUUUUGUCAUGCUGUGGUUGUUUGUUUUGGGGGGGUCUAGUGGCAUAAUAGGGGAACUGUCUUGCUCCUUUUCAGUGAUAAUAGCUGCUCCAUUUGCUGCCAUUGUUUAGUCACUAUUUUAAAUGCCAAAUUAGGUCAGACUAAUAAUAGAAGUAGGCCUGCACAUCACAUGAGCAGAUGUUGAUGAAUACAGUGCAGUUGCACAAACAUCCUAAAGUAGCCUACAUAAAACAAUGGAAAAAGAAUUGACAUCCCAGCUGGAUGUGGAGGUGUCUUUUCUGCCUCUGACUUUUGUUUCACACAGUAUCUGAGCUUUGGGGUACACAGGAGAAUUUAUUUCAUUUCCCUUUAGCGAAUGUCUUGGGGCUUAACACUGUAUCCUGCAGGGCUCUAUAUCACAGAAGCAUGAGCCAGAAUGUGCUGCUUUAAGAAACAGCCCCUCUGCUUUAUGCCCCCUCAUGAUUUGUGUUGAGUAUUUUAGGUUUGUUGUACUUUGAAAUCGAUGGCUGUGAAGUUUAUUGUCAGUGAAAUGACUCAAUUCACUCAUUAAAUCAAUGGCACAGCAGCCUUAAAAGGCUUGCUCAGGUGAGAUGCUAUAAAUUGCUGUCCGUUUUUUUAAGCGUUCAUAAAUAUUCAUGUCUGUGCUGAGUGGCUUAAGAGGUUUAUGCAUUUUUAAACCUUACUGUCUCUUUUUUCUAGUUCUUUUUUUUUCUGGGUGCAUUUGUUCACGUCUCAGGUUUGUACAAACUCUUCACCACAGUUGGGGCCUCGGUUGUCAAUGUGGUUUAUAUUCAUUUACUGUACAUGCUUUGUCAGUGACAUGUGACAUGCUCUCUGUCAAGCCUGAGGCAAUACAAGAUGUUCACGGUGGUAGAGAUGAAUGAUAUCACCAAUCAACAAUCCUCCUUUAGUAAACUCACCCCAUCCCUCUGUCCCUGUGCCACUUCCACAGAGGAGACGUUUGCUCGGCACAUAAUGUACCUCAGCACAGCUCAAAGUCAGGAUAGCUGCGUCUACAAUGGAACUUUAUUGAUUCUCUUAUCAGGAUUAAUAAAGUCCAAGACAUAUCAGCGCCGUUGUGUAUCAGGUUCAGAGAGGAUAGAGCUGAGCUGCUGCAGAGUUGCAUGGUGGGAAUGUAACUCGCAGCUUUAUUUUUAAUCAGAGAUUUGUCCGUAUGUACAGUAGUACCUCAUCCGCCAGGGCAAACAUGAAACACACAUUUGCAGGCACAUGUGGCAUCUUCAAACUUCAAAAAGGCUUGGGAGGCUUAUAGUGAUGCUUUCAAAUACUUAUGAGUGAGAAAGCACCUAAAACCUGAACAGAGAAUCUGUUUCUGUUAUGUUUUUGUUGUCUUUUCCUUUUUCGGUAGAUAGAAUUUUAUUGUCAUUGUGACAAGCACUACGAAAUUAAAAAGUGCCUUUACAAUCAGUGCCUUAAAAAAGGGGACAAUAAAACAUUAAACAGUAAAACAUUAAAACCAGUGCAGAGUUAAAACUAGUAAAAGAAUUAAGACUACACCCAUAAAUACACAGGCAACACAUCAUCUGGCCUUCAUGGAGGUGUUGAUGAUGAUCUUUUAAAAAAUCUUUUUCCAUAUGUUUCAGCGGCAUAUAAUCAUUUGCGAAUUAUAUACAAGAAGAUAAUUAUUUGCAAUCGUUUAGAUUUUUCAAAUGAAUGUUUAUAUAGAGAUCAACAGACUAGUAGGAACACAUCUUUUUAAGUAACCGAGGAAGUGAUGUAGAUCUCUGAGGGGUACGGUUGUGUACCAUUUUAAGAAGUUGAGCAUCCAAGCAGAGUAAUAGAAAUCCUUCCACUUUUCAAACGCUUACUCAUUCAUCAGCAUCACCUAAUGACUCAUCAGUGUUUACUACUUGAGAUGGAUGACAGUCUAAAUGACCCCUUUUUUUGCUCGCUAUCUCUUUUCAUGUCUCCAUAGAACUCCAGCGAAAGAGCGAUAUAAAACCUAUGUGAAAUAGAGACUACUUACUGUAAACGAGAAACCUUCAAUUGAGAUUAUUUUAAUUAGCUUCAGAUCUUCAGACCUUAAAAACACCUCAUAUAGUACACUCAUCCGGCAGAUGCAAUGACUCCCCACGUGCAGAGAAUCAAGCAGCUCUGGUUGCAGCAAGCCUUGCGAUGCUGUCUCUUCGAAAUCCAAUGAUUGUACUAAAGACCUCUCCAAAGAACUUCUCCUGCGGUGAAUCCUCGCCCUCGAAAACCUUUGAUCCACUUCUCCACGCUGACACCGGCUAAAAGGGCAGUCAGACAGCAAAUUCAGGUCAGCGUGCGAGGCGAACAUUUCGCUAGCCACUGCACACCGAGGACUGCAGGGGGUAAAUCAGCCUCAGGACCCCAGGCUGCACUCGCCACUGCCUUAGCAGCUGCACAAUAAAUAGCACCAGUGUAAGAAUAAGAUACACGAAUGCUCAUAAUGGUUUGAAUCCUAAAGUACUUACAAAUAAACAUUUCAUUCUAAAUGUAAGAUUUUCUCACUUAUGUUUCCAAAGCCUUUUUGCAGCCUCUAAUGCAAAAGCUGCACCUAAGUGUAUACUGUUAUUGUCUUGACUGUUUUCCAGCACAGCGGCGGUGAACCUUUCUCCAGAAUAGAUGCAUCUGAAAGUGGCAUCUUGUGUUUUUCCAUGUGACUGUGGCUGCUAAGCAAAGCAUUUUUAGACCCUUUUGAUCCUUUAAAUGCAAAAAAAAAAAACACAAUAGAUUGUUGAUUAGGGUAAUAUAUACAAUUUUAGUGAAAUUAUUUAUUAUUUUAUACCGUGAAAACUACAUUGAGGUCAGUGAUAUAGUUGAAUGUUUCUUCACCAUGCCUUAAAAUUGAUGUUUGAGCUCAUCAUAACUCAGAGGACAGACAAACAUGCUUGUUAGGAGAGCCUGAGAUACCAAUACCUGUUAACGGUGGUUAAAGUGGUAUUGAUCAGCAGCAUUUGCAAACCUCUACAGUCCUGCAACCUCUCAUUUUCAUCAUGUCUCCUUUUAGAAAGACUUCUCCGGUAAUGAGUCAAACUGACCAUUUUCCUGAGAGACUUUUUUUUUUUUUUUUACUUCUUUGACAAAGUUUCAAGAAGUGUGCUUAUGUUUUUCAUCUUUUAUUUCCACCAGAGUUUUAAAAUAUGCUUGUCUUGUAUUUUACUUUAUUUUUUGCCAGAAAUGAUUCUGCCCUUAGGCAUAAAAUCAACAAACAACAGUUUUUUAUAUGUAACUUUGAGGAUUUAUUUAAAGCGCAUUAACAAUACACAGUUGUGUUAAUGAAUUUACUGCUGUGAUAAUUAAUUUAAUCCUUUUACAGCUGACAUCAAAAACAGCACAUGAAUUUUAAUUAUGUAGGAGUACAGUUUUGACUUGAAAAAAAAAUAACACCAGAAGAACUCUAAAUUACAACUUGAGGUCUUCUCUUUGGCAGCCCUGAUUUCUUGGUUAUCUUAUGGCCAAUUAAAGGGCUUGGUUUAGUUUGAAGACAGUUAAAAGUUUAAUUGACUUUAUUUCUAAACAUUUAUCUGAACGAAGUUUUGGUACCAGUAUGGGUGUUGACUUUUAGUCAUGUCACAUGGACUAAAACUGGUCACUUUGACAAAAAUCACCCCGAAACUUUCACUUUAACACAGACUCUCUACUUGAAAUGACUCUUUUUCAUGGACUGAGUGAAUGUGAAGUUAGGAAGACAUUCCUGGAAAAGGAAAUUGUCUUCUCGGCGCUGUUGCAAUCUUUCCCUGAAUAACUAUCAAAUUAAACAUUUCAGAUGAGCAAUGAGUCCACCUGGGAGCUCUUUACUUGGAUACAGGGGUGAUUCAAAGUAGUUGUUUGAUGAAAAUAGUGUGGAGGAGAAAUGAGGUCUUUGUUUUUUAUGGCAGUAAGCUGCCGUAAUUGACUUAGAUAAAUUGCCUACAACGUGUGACAGCAUGUGUAUGCUCUUUAGCUGUUAAUAUGUGUAAUCUAGUUUAAUACAGUGUGUAUAUCUGUUGUUUAUGGGUUUCCCUUGGGGCUAUAUAUUUGUAGCACAAGGCUUUUUAGCACAUUCUCACUGUCCAGAUGACUGCGGUACAGCUGUGAGGCGUGAGAGUUUGACAGGAAACACGUGGGCAAAUGGGCGAAUCCCUGACCUACAAUUGUAGUUAUUGCUAAUGUGUCAUGAAGGCAUGAAGAGAAACAGGAAAACCAAAGAGACACAGCUGUGAGAAAACAGAUUACCCAGCAACUCUUCUUCAGGCUCUGUUAGCCUGUCUGCUUCAGUGGUCAUCACUCAAGUCACAAUGCUUCUUAAGAGAGAUUCAGUGUUCACCGCUUAAGUAAAGGAGACAAACCGGCUCAAGCACAAUUUCACUUUUAUCAUGGGUGUUCACGGAUUGAUGCCUGUUAGAUGUACGGGGUGAAGAUAUGAAGGAUACUUUUGAACAAGCUUUAGUUUUUUUGUAACACAAAGACACAAAUAUAAACUUCACUGAUAUAUUUUGUUGUGUUGCAGUUGCAGUACUUCACUGCUGCUAGAGAUGCUGCUAGAAAGAGAAAGUGGCUGCUUUUCGCCAAAGCUUGAGAACAAGUCUGACAAAGCUCCUUUUGGCCUUUUUUUCUCCUAUUUUUGGUCUCAGUAAUGUGUUCAAAGCUGCUGUGAGGAACUCUUAAUUUGUGUGAAUUGUGGCUACAUCUUAUCUGCUGUUCUGUACAUGUGAAAGUGGUGUUGUCAGACAAAAUCCUUUUGCCUUUUAGCAGGGACAUUUUUCACUUAUAAUGAAUGAGGAAAUUAAAAAUGGCAGUUCCUUUAGCCUGCUGUCAAUCAUCUGGUAUGACACCCACCCCCUCACAGCGGUUUCAGACAUUGAAAAUUAUAACAGAGGAAUGAUCAGCCUCGUUGCUGAUGAUCUGGUUUACCUCUCAAGGUCAUAAAGAGGCAUCAGUAUCAGUUUCAGCCUGUUACUUAACAAGAGCUGCCAAGAGCAGUCGACCUGUCAUGACGAUGUUGAUUGUCAAAAUCGUCUGUGACUAAUUUAACAAUUGUUGUCUUUUUCUCUCUCUCAAAACUGCCGCUGUAUCUUCUGCUGUCUUGACGCACAUGCGCAGCACUAGUAAUUCAGGUCCGCGGUGACGUAGGGCUGGGCGAUAUGGCCUCAGAUCAAUGUCACUAUAUAUCUAGCAGUCCACCUCGAUAACGAUAAUUGGACAAUAACUACUCCACAAGCUGCUCACCCCCUCCCACAUUAACUUCGUCUACUUUGGUCUACUUCUACCUCUACUUUAUGUAUUUAUUUAUUUGACACUGAAUAUACUGAUAUGGGCAAAAUGACAUCAGUUAUUGUCGUUAAUUUCGCUAGUGGUAAAUUUUGGGUUUAUCACCCAGCCCUACUGUGUUGCCACCGGAAAAGUUAUGCCCAGACAGAUACGUAGCUAGCCGGCAACGGAGCUCAAAAGUUUGGGAGCAUUAUUCCAAAAUGAAAGAGAAGCAUAUGCAUGCAAAAUCUGAGAGACAGGAGUUUUCUUUCUAUAAUGGCAGCACGACGGAGAUGAACAAGUAUCUGAAAAGUAGGCACAUCGUAGAAGAUCGGGUCUGCUUUUAUCCUUCAACUAUAUGCUUGAGGCUGAGCUCAGCUAAUGUAGAAGUACCUGACUGCGUGGCUUAAAGAGAUGGCACCAGAGGGAGCUACACAUUGGCACAGAAACAUCAUGCAGGAAACCCACUUUACAUGUUUUCCCUCCAGGAGCAACCUCAAAACAGACUUUGUGACUUACUGUAUGUUCUUGAUUUUAGGGUGUACAUGAUUGAAUACCGAGAUAAAACAUUUAUUUUCAUCAAAAUUAUUGAAACCAAAAUCGAGUAUAUCAGGUCUUGUGACAUUGAACCCAAGACCUUAGUUGGCAAUGUAUAAACAGCUUCAGAAUAAUUGUAAAUACAAAUGAAAACCCCUCCUUGGACUUUGCUUUAUUCCUCUGACAUGUUCUCUCGCCGGGUCAUGAUCAAAUUUUAUGCAACGACCCUCUACAACCUUCCAGAUCUACAUAUUCAAAUAUGAAGGGAAAUAAAUGCUCAGAGGAAUAAUAGCAGUCGAAGUCUCUCUUUCUCUCCACUGUGCCAUUGUUCGAGCUGUCACCCAAACAAAUCAAAACCUGCAACUUCCUCUCAAAGCAGCUUUCUUUUCCCUUUAAGUGAUCUUCCUCUAAUGGAAAUCACUCUGUUUAACAUCUUAGUAAAUCGCAGAGAAUAUAUUUACCCAAGGUUCAUUAAUAUUUUACUGGAGGGGUUAUCUGGCGUCAAUAAUAUCCCUAAUGGAUAAGAAUCUCAUGGUGCACUGUGCAUUAAAUCCUAUAUAGUGUACUUAAAACAUGCAGAGUGCACUUGAGGCGGAGCUUUUCUCUGCCAUCCAUUCAUGUUAUCUCUGCUUAGUAAUUAAUUCAGACACUAAUUGACAUUUUCUGUGCUUGGCUAACUAUAAUAUGUUUUUGUCUCCUUUAGUAAAGAUCUUCGGGUGACUUAAUAGGCUCAUACAGAGAGGAUGAAUUAAGUUGAAACAACAUCAGCCUGAUUUGAAAGAGUUUAAAAUUUUAUAUUUGACAUGUUUCUAGAAACACAAAACAAAGUCAGCAUCAAAUUAAGACAUUUAUUUGCAUUUAAAAAAAACUGGUUGAUUUUUUUUUUCUUUACUUUGAAAACAGAAGUAGCCAAAACACUAAAGCCCUUUUAUUUUAAACCAGCUAUAUUUACAAGUAUGAUUUUGUUCACAAUAAAUUGUCUUCAUAGCUUUAUUUUCUGCUUUCUUCUUCUCCUCAUUUUUUUACUGCAGCACUCUUUAAGCUGUCUAUUGUCACCACCUUCAAAGAAAAAAAGUUUCAUCCCAUGCAGUGAAGCUCUUUACAAUUUUACUGCUGACCUGGCUGCAAGCUCGCUACUCCCUUGAGGGAAACUCUAUGAAAAAAACAUGUACUUUUCCAAGUCACAGAAACUCACUGUAUGGUCCUGUAUUUUUCUGUCUCUUUGAGAAGUCAGAAAUGUUCCUUUUUUCCUUUCUUUCGUUCUUUUUUUUGCCUGUUUACUGCUGUGCUGCAUGAAAAGGUUCCUCAUCAUACUUGCCAAAAGCACACGCGUCAUAUAAAGGAACUGUAGGACACGGUGAUGUACAGCCUCUUUCAGAAAUGAAACACUGACAUUGUCCUGAUAAUGUGAGGAACUUCCCUUUCACACGUGCUCUUCCUGCCAAUGUCAGACACACUCUUCAAUCUCAGAAUACCUCGUGUAAAUGUGGACCAUUAUCAGCCGUGUUCACACAUUGGCUCUACUCGGCUUUGUGUGCGAUUUGGACAAAAGGACUGGAAGGACAAAGUUAGCGUUGAUCUAGGUGGAUAGAUUCAAACAUUUGUGUUCACACAUGCAGCCCACCCUUUGGAGUUUUGAAAUUAAUUGUUUUAUUUUUGAUGCAUCGCAAUCCAAAUGCGGGCGGAUCUGCUCUGUUGCAGUAACAGAAGAUAACCGAUUAUGCCUAUAAUGUGUGUUUGCAUUACUGUGCAGUGUGUGUUAGUGACUUAAAGAGCAGAGUGGCUGCAAAGAGACAGUGUAAGCCACACAGAGGUGAAAGCUCAGCAGGGUUUAUUCAUUUCAUUUCACAUCUAAUGUGGUACAAACAUUCAACUGCAUGUAACCCCUCUGACGGCUGCUCGGUGGGUGUUUAUUCUGGACCCUGUACCAUACCCAACAGUUUAUCAUUCAGGAGAUCAGCCAUUCUGCAAACACUUCUCAUCCUCUCAGGGCUUUAACGUAGCUGUUUAACCAGCAGCCUGCAGUUUGAUAGCAUAAUGCAUGGUGUGAAGUACAUGUAAUGACCAAACUGUUGCUGUGUAUGCUCACAGACUGUUGUGGAUGAACUGUGAUCACAUAAAUGCACAGAUAGAAGUCUAAUAAAAUGUAAUCCAGUCUGUUUUAAAGGAGAAAACCAGACAAAAGAGACAAGAAGAGCCGAUAAAUGGUAGGAGAAGUGAAAAACACAAAAGAGAAAUCUACAAAAACUUAGGAUAGUACUUGAAGUCAAUAGCUGAUGUAGUUCUGUAAGAGACUGAUAAAUGAAAAAGACACUAAAACAGUGUUUCAGACUUUGACUAUGAAGAGGGACAAAAACUUGAUCAGGUUCUGCUGUACUUUGCAGGGACUUGUUCACCUGGUUUCCCUUGAAUAUGAAUGGGAAGAGUACUUAUAGCUUGGCUCAUUAUAAGAAGGAUUCAGAGUUACUUCUUACUGUGGUUGUGGGUCAAACUGUGAGGGUGACAAGACUCUUCUCAGCAAAAGGAACAAGUUUGUUUUUGCAUCUAUAAAACUACUUCCAAAUCAAUAUUUGGUGCAGAAUAUUUGUUUCUUAUUUUACAGCCAUGUACUAAGCUAGAUGAUGUAUCAUGAGCAGGUUGUUGCAGUGAACUUACUGGCUUUCGAUUGGAGUCUUGUUCACCCUGUCAGGGUCUCUGAUCUACCAGAACAAAACCCUCACCAUAUAUCAUCUCUGUGAGACAGACAAUAGCAGAAGGUUGGUCAGGUGGGCAGCCAGAUCCAUCAGUCUAAAGCCGUAUGUUGAUAUUUGAUUGACUCAGCAUGGGUCAGCCUUUGCCUUUUUUAUUUUAAAUGUUAUAAAUUAUAGAUUACUAGGCUCCCUGUUGAUUCUGUCCUCGUCUUUUUUUUAUUUUUAAAAACUGCUGUUAAAGCGAAGCGAAUAUAAACAAGAGAAGUAAUAAAAGGACAGCGACGCUGAAGCAUAUACGGCCCUGUGAUUAGAGGCUGUCUAGACUUGGAGACAGCUAUUUAUAGCUGUCAUUUUCUUAAUGGUAUUGCACUCAAAUCUGCCCCAGUGGUUUUUACUGACCCUCAUUGUCCUAGAAUAUUGAAAUAUUCCCUGUAAAACAGAGAACAGAUCCAAAGCAGCAUUAUGAACAUUAAAAAAUAUUAUAAAGAAUAUCUUUUUAAAAGGAAACCUAUGUGAUCACCAGCAUUUUAAUUGACUGUAGCAGAUGAAAACCAACUUAAUCAAGGACAUUUUAUGUGUGAUGAGGUGAACCUGUUGCAUGCAAAAGCAGGUAUAUAAACCCUGAAGCAACACCUGAGGCUACAUAAGGUCCUAGUCACUCUGCGAAACAUCGUUUUUUUUUUUUUUUUUACCUGCUGCAGCAAUUGCAGAGCCUCAUCUCCCACUGCUAUCUAGACUGUCAGACGUAGGAGGAGGAGGAGACAGAGCAGCUUACAGGCGCUCUGAGAAAACAGGAAAACAACAGUGGCAUUUCUGCUCUGGCAGAUUGCCUGCACUAAAUUUUACCCUGUCUGUUCAGCUCUGAAACAAACAAUGAUCUCUUUCUGAUGUCCAAAUACAAUCCCCGCUAAUCCCAGUUGUGGUGCCAAAGAUUGUUUUUAAACUGCAGGAUGUUUCUGCUGUAGGAGUGGGUGUCUAAUUUUCAUCAGAAAAUGUGUCAGUUACAUUCCUGCUCAGGCCACAGAUGUGAUGACACAGAAAAGCUUGAGCUUCCUUUCUUUUUAAAGCUCUUCUUUCCCCUCCGGCUGUUCCUUUUAUAGAUGCUCUGAGUGUGUCAAAAUGUCACAGAGGGAGCACAUGACAAAACAAGGACAUUCAACACUAUUUGUCAAAAGUGCAGCGGGUUUCCAAUUUUUGUGUAUGCCGUCCAAAUUAUUUAGUCUUGCACCCUGAUGCAACAGUUUCAUUUUCCCGCAGUUACAAGUUCAAACACUAAUUUGAUUCAUUUUGAAUAAUCUCUCAGCAAAUAACGCAUUUCUAAUUGGGUCAAGUUGUCACAGGCUUCUUCUUCGGCAUAUUUACACAGUUAUGUGCCGAUGUCAGGUAGAAGUUAACGUUUAUUUUUUAUUACAAAACAAGGCCGCUAAGAGCAUCUAAGGGAAAUUGCAGGAGUCAUAUUAGAGGUCUCUCUGCUGUGAAAUGUGUUUCAAAACUUGAUAUUGGUGAGACGUGUGAUGAACCGCAGUUUUGACUUCCAGUGCCUCCCCAGAAUAAAAGUCCCUAAAUCUGUGUCUGUGUUUGAGUCACUUUUGGAGCGAGUGCUAAAAAUGAAUCAGCACCUCUGACAAAAUAUAUCACAGCUAAUCUGACAAGGACGGGGCAGUCUUUUUUUCUGUAAGGAGGUUUUGCUGCCUGGUUGUGUUUGAUCAAAGUCAGGUCAGUUUAGGGCUGAGGAUCACUUAAAAUUUUAAUGCUGUGAUGUGGCAGGUUCGACUCACUGGAGACUAACAAUUUAUGAUCUGAAUCCCAGGUCCUGUGAUUUACAAAUCUGAAGAUUGUUGGAGGCAGUUUGAGGAUUUAGGAUUAUUUUUAGUUUGUGAUGAAGGAGAACAUUGCGUCUUGGUUUGAAUGUUUUUAUGCCAAACCUCUUCAAGGCACUCUUUUCUCAGCUUAAGAGUACAUGCAAGGAACACACGAGGAGCAAAAGUGUUUUAUUUAGCCUUUUAAAAGGACAGUUUUGCAUCUUCUGCAAAAAAAUGCGGUCUCUGGGACACAAAAAGCAGAAACCAGCUCUGCGUAAAAAGAUAAGGCUUCAAAAUGCAAGGACAUAACAUAACAGAAAAAUAAAAAUCCUUUAUCAUUUUAAAUCUAGAUAAUAGUUUGACUCUCCGUGAAAAUCACAGCUUGCUCAGUCACAGGGAUUAGCAUAGAUGGGUUAUUGGACUCAGUGUGAUGGUUUUAAGAACAAAGAGAAAAAGAAGAACGAAAAUGAAUUAUUCAAUUCAGACGUUAUGGAUAGUUUUUCAACAUCCUUUUCAUGAGUGAGCUUAAACUUUUAUAUGCAUUUCCCAAAAGCUGCUUUGAUAUGGACAGGUGCAUUCGCCUGCGAUAAGAACAUCUGGAUAUGAUUGUUGACAAGGCUGAGAGGGACACCGAGGACACUUUACCGUGGAAGAUGGUUGCAGCUUGCAUUUUCAUGAUUGAGGUCCUUUUUUAACCUAUGCAGUUACUUCCUUACAAGAUAAGUGAAGAACAUCUAGCGAUAUGAUUGUUGACAAGGCUGAGAGGGUCAGACAUACUGAGCACACUUUAUACGUGGAAGAUGGUUGCAGCUUGCAUUUUCAUAAUAUCAGGAUGGUCCUUCUUGUUUAGAUUUUGUGAGGACUUUUUGACUGUUUAUGAAACAGACUGACAUCCACAGCGAUGCUUUUCUAUGACCUUCUAAAGCAAACCAGACCAUCAACAAAAGAUUGACUUUUUCUAUAGUCAUUUUUAAUGCCAGUAACCACAUCAUGGGGGUAGCUGCAAGGCUAAAAGACUGACAGCACACAGACGGAAAAACCUUUCUUAACAUUUCCCACGGCAAACAUUCUCGGUGAGUUCACUAACAGAGAGCACCAGUGGUCAUGAUAAAAACUGAAAAAAUAGUUUUCGGUUCCUCCUGCAGUUGUUGAGACAUUCUUUUCAUUUUACAAGUAGGUGCAGUUGAAGCUGUUAUAAAUUGUCACCUGGUUGUUACAUCGCUCAGGUUUACCUGCAGCCUUUCCUCACUCUUGGUUGGUUUGUGAUCACUCCUGUAUGUCACAGUGAACACAGCACUGCCUUGCUGUGCUCUUAUGCACCAGUUCACUCUUAAUCUGUAAACCCAGAGGAGAAGAAGUUACAAAGGCCGAAACUUUCUCAAGGUUGAAGCCACCCAAAAAUCUAUUAUCAUUUCACAGGUCUGUAGUUGGGACACCCUUAGCAGACGCUUCUUGGUCUUAAAGGGCACCUGUAGUCAUUUCCAAAAGAGUGAACUGCAUAGUAUCCACUUCAAAAGUCUUUAUUUACCAUGCUCUGGCUUUAUAUCCAGCCCCUCAGCUCAUCCUUUGUAUGGAGCAGACUGUUUUGGCCCUUGUCUCUGUCAGCUCCCCCUCCCUGAGGACUCUCUUUCUUUUGGUCUGCUUUCUUCUUCCAAGCCUUUAGGCACGGUACAGAUCUAUCGGCAGGCUACCAAAGCAAAAGUGAAAGUUUUCUUCACAAGUUGACAUAACUUCUCACUUUUGUUUGGGGAUGGCUCCUUCUUGAAUCCAACUGUAUUGUUUAUGUUUAAAUAUGAGGAAGGGUUGGCAAUUACAUUAGCAGCUAUGGGGAGCACAUUCUUAAGGCCUGUGCAUUAUAAACAGGUGUUCAUGUGAAAAAUGUGCAAAAAUGCCAAGUGAAGUGGAAAACAUCGAGUGUAAAGAUAUAACAAGUUUUUUUAUAACAAGUUCAAAUAGCAUCCAUUAAUAAUAUCUCACACCAUUGGUCGCAGUUUGUUUGUCGUUGUCGUUUUCUUCCGCUUAUCCGGGUUCAGGUCGCAGGGGGCAGCAGCUACAGGAGAGAGGCCCAGACAGCCCUCACCCCAGACACUUCCGCCAGCUCCCCCUGGGGGGGAUUCCCAGGUGCUCCCAGGCCAGGCGAGAGAUAUAAUCCCUCCACCUGGUCAUGGGCCGGCCACAAGGUCUCUUCCCAUCGAGACAUGCCCGGAACACCUCUAACGGGAGGCGCCCAGAAGGCAUCCUAACCAGAUGCCCGAGCCACCUCAGCUGACUCCUCUCGACGUGGAGGAGCAGCGGUUCUACUCUGAGCGCCUCCUGAGUGUCCGAGCUCCUUACCCUGUCUCUAGGCUGAGCCCGGCCACCCUGCGAAGGAAACCCAUUUCGGCCGCUUGUAUCUUUCAGUUAUUACCCAAAGUUCAUGACCAUAAGUGAGGAUCGGCAUGUAGAUCAACCGAUAAAUCGAGAGUCUUGCCUUACGGCUCAGCUCUUUCUUCACCACGACAGAUCGAUUAAGCGUCCGCAUCACUGCUGACUGCACUCCGAUCUGCCUGUCGAUCUCCCGUUUGUUUGCAUCACUACAUUUAAUGCGUAGUACUGCUUAUACAUACAGUUUUUACAUAUAUACUUAAUUAAAAUUUGGUUUAUUUAAUGUGAAUAUCAAGCACUAAAACCAUGUACACUCGUAGAAAGAACACUGGUACCCAGAGUUUUUUUAUUUCCUUGAUGCAAAGAUGCUUCUACAAAACGGGACCCCUGGUGGUUCUGUUUGUUUCUUUUAAAUAAGGUUUUAUGUGGACAAAAAAAAUGUAAUGAAACCCAAAAUGUGACAAGAUGCUGAGCCCAAAAUGUAAUAACUUUGUGCCUAAAACCAGUUAGUACAUUUUUGAUCUUAUAACAUGUUUUUUUUUUUAUUUUAAAUUAUAUUUUGGGUCAUUUCAGAUCAUUGUAACAUAUCAGGCUCUAACACUCGCCUUUAAUGAGAAACCAGCUGGAGGACCAGCCACAGUAAAGGGCAUGCCAGUGUGUAGGUCAAAACCACUUGCAGACCAGUUAGCAUUUUUAAUGUCACCUGGAAGCCCACAGACCAGAUCAGCUAAUAAGUGCACUGCAUGUGGAGUUAUGUAUGUGUUACGUCCUUAAGUGGUGCUUAACUAGUGGGGUUUCUGAUGGAAAAGGUGAGAGCAGGAAAAUGUCUAACAAUGGCAGUAAUGGUCUGAAAAUUAGCUUAAUUAUGUGGUUAAGUUGACCCUGUGCAGCAGCACAUAGCCAACCCUCUGUGCUGACUCUAGUUGUGUCACCUUGACUCCUUCCAUCAUGUCCUAAUUUUCCCAGUGAUGUCUGGGAAUAUAGCUCAAGUUCUUGCAGUGUACUGAGAUUCAUAUGCUUUCAUGUUAUGGCCCAGUUUUACCCCGUCCCCUGCUCGUAAAACUACAUUUUCAAUGACUUAAAGAACUCCAACAGGCUUAGGUGUACCGCUUGCAUGAGUGAUUUUGAUCACCUCCCAACUUUGAGAUAUUAUAGCCUGUCACUUUAUGUACAGUUUGAAACCUAUCCAAAGGCUAUAGCUCUGCUGACUAUUUCCGCAAAGCAGCCGAAACAAGUCUGCAAUUUGUGACAAGCUGUGAGCAACAGCAUUGUGCUUUGAGGAGGCGUACCGGUGAUUAUUUUUUAAAAUGUUUUUGUUUAAGUCCAUCAAUCUGGAAAUUGGUCUUGUGGCUGAAAUGUAGCUCAAAACCCACAGUGAUAGAUGGCAGACCAAAGCAGGGAGAAAUCAAACUCCAGACAAAGACGGACAGACUUAAAACUUUAAAGUGGAAAAUGUUGUUCUGUUCUAUUACUGAGGCAUUGAUGUAGGCCCCACGGUUGGCAGCACACCAACAAUCAGCUGACAGAACUGGGUCAAGCAGCAGCAAUAAACAGACUCCUUUUAUCUGCCAGAUUACUUCUGAUUAUUUAUUUAUAAUCCAUUACUCAAUCGAUACUGAAUCUUUAAUAUAUUGGCUAUUGUUACCAUAGAACGUAUAAACCAUGGACAGCUACCCUCCAAUGAAGCUAAAACUCUCAGAUCUCCUCUGGAGACUGACCGCAGUUUAGCCCUUAAAGCCUGCAUCCUUCAUAAUUUCCACACAUGGAGUUAAAAUACAUGUCAACUUAUUCUAAAUGUAGUUUCCAUCAUCCACUGUUGUAUAACAUAUCCAAAAAGUGUAGUUAAAACCGAGAUUAAACCAUGCAAAUAGGAAAAUCCUUCAAUUUUCUUUGUGACCACACAACCCCUGAGGGAGUUAUGUAAAGUUAAGGGCAGCAUCAGUUACUCUACAGUCGCACAGGAAACACUGCAAGAUGUUCAUAUAGAUGGGCUUAUAGCUAAAUAAAGCAUAUAAGGCUCUAAGCUGAAACUCAAAGACACACACACACAGAGAGACAGACAUCUGCUUAUUAAAUAUUGUAUGUCCACUCACUCUAAGAGUCGAAAAACGACCUAUAUCUGGGAACUCCUGCUCUACAUAACCACGAGGGUCUGCAUCAGUGCCCAUCAAGGUGAUAUCAUGGCUUCAGUCCUUUUAGUGGGAAAGAGAUUACACAUUGGUACAUAACUGGUCCAGGUAACAACUGUCCUUCUCUACUGUUAUCCCCCUUCAUAAGCCCCACAGAUGCGUCCUUUCUGUUUAAGGUUUCUGCGCCCCGAAGACAGGAUCAGCUGUGAAGGAAUUUUCAUUCGUCAUUGUUGACACUUGCAUAAAGAGGAGUAAUCUACUCAAUCUAGACUCUAGACCUGCUCGAGUCAUGAGGUCACUUCUGCUGUGAUUCUGCACAGUAUGAAUGAAAAUUUAUUGACUGAUUGGUCUUGGCAGGAAUGCUCUUAAUCAGUGUGACAGACUCCUUGAAAAGUCAAAGCAUCUCAUUUAAAGUCGGUGCACCUCCAACCUCUAUGAGACUUAAAGGGACAUUCCGGCAUAAAAUUAAUUUAGGGUCAAACACACUAUAACACCGAGUUAGACACCCCCUCGAGAGAUGAAUGUUGCCGACCGCUUGCUUCUUUAGUCAUACCAACUUUAGUAACGACCGCAAGAUAGCAAUACACAGCAGUCUAAGGAGUCAUAAACAAACCUCAACCAAAACGCCACUCCAUAGACACAUAUAAUGCUCAGAACAGCACUUAACUUCAUCAACAGUACAUAUAGGGUCCCAGCCAUCAAACAUCUUUUUAGCUUUGCCUGAUUUCUUUAGCAAAGAGACUAAACACAACUCACCUACUCUCUUCCAGCAGCCAUUUGUUUGUAGGGAGACCUCAGACGAGUCCAUCACAGACUGCAGUGGGGUGACGCAGCUGAAGGAAGAACAUUUAUGAUCAUUACUUUAUCCUUGAAGUAAUAAUCAUCAUAUUAAUCAUGUUACACUGCAGACACAGUAGUUCUUCUGCCUUAGUGUCUCAGUCUCCCAACUUCUACUUGUAAAUAUUUUGUAUUUCAUUGGAUUUAUUGUUUUUUUUUUCAUCUUUAAUUAUAUCGUUUUUAUAUUUAUGUAGUAACAUAUAUAUAUAAGAUAGUCAUCCCCACUUCAUAUUGCACUCUGGCACAUGUCCACACUAUAUUUCCAUGGUUGCACUUCAUUUUUCCCCAAACAGAAGCUUCUAAUCCUUGAACAGCCACAAAGCGUUUGUUACUCUGUACACAUAUUUGUUCGCCCAGGAAAAGCAAGCGAGUUGGCAAAGCAGCAGGCGGAGGAGGUGGGAAGUGUUGGCACGGACCAUUCCACUUUGGAUUUGCACAUUUCUUUCGUCCCCUCAUGCACAGUUACACCAAUGGAGUGUGAGCAUUGCAUUGUUAGCACCUUCACACGACAUUUUUGUGCCUUACGUAAGCUCCAGAGACAGUAAGUCAGUGGGUGAUUUAAUUUUAACUCUGCAAAUAUAAUGCAGUGUCAAGAGAAAAAGUGGGAAUAGAGAAUAGAUUUAUCAUGCAUGAUGCACAGAUGGUUCUGUUAGUCAGAAAUGUGCUCUGUGUGCACCAGUGCCUUGAAUUAGUCCUGCAUCAAUGCAAAAGCUGUCAGAGACAAAGGUCCCAACCUGCUCUCCUUCUUCUAUUUCUGAAUUAUCACUGCUUGUCUCACAAAGACAGUGUGAGAUUUGCCUGCAGAGACGAGGAACUUUAUCCGGAAACCCCCUCGUGCUGUUACUCUAAUUAGCUCUUAACACUCCUGAAAGAUGCUUGGGAAGCUUUCUAUUAGGUGUUAUGGUUGUGUUUGCAGACACGAUCAGUCACACUUUAAGAAAAGAAGUUUGAGCUGUUUGUGACUCGAGGCGAGUUAAAUGUCGUGUUAAUUGUCACACUGACUCGAAUCAGUUCCUCAAAGACAACUACAAUGACAAAACUUGUGAUUGUCUGAUGAUGUUUUUCCAGUUUUGUGAGGAUAAAGUUGAGAAAUUUUACAGCUAAGCAGACAAUGAACGGUUAGGUGGUGUAAAUACUCUCGGUGAAGCAUUGCCUGCUUAAAAGGAACAAGUGAAGAAGAGAUGUUUCGUAUUAUUUCAGCCCGACUGAAUUUUUAUACUCAAAGUGCAUGUUACGUUUCAUGAUGGUAAGACACAAGGCAUGUAUUUUAUUCCCUGGUGCAUUUAGUGGGGGGAGUUGCUAUUGUUCCCAUGAUCACAUAGACGGUGUGGGACUGCAUUGAAAUAUUUCUAUUACAGCACAAAUGGGGAUGAAUCAGGAAAAGAACUGCCUCUCUGUACUUCAUACUUUCGCUUUUAAAAUAAUAGAUUGCAGGAUGACUUACUCUUCCAGCAAAGUUUGAUUACUCUUGACAGCAAAUCAUCCCAGCCUGCAGAUAAAAAUAGUACAGUGCAGACUCAAAAAGGGAGAGACUACAGGUCCAGAGGGAACUGGUCUGAGGGUCCUCUAAGCUUGGGCAGCACAACUGUAUUGAGCAAUCAAACACAUCUUCAACUUGUGGCCGAGACAGGAGAGGGUGUCAGCAUGUCCUGUCUAGUUCCUAUCUGAGCAAAGAUGUAUCUUCGUCUCACCAAUGACCAGAAGCUAUUGGCUCUAAAAAUAACCCUGAACGAUUUUUAGAUUAUCUACCUGUCAAAUGACGACAUCGGAGACACCAUCACCUUCCUGCUUUGACUUGCCUUUAAUCUGGAAAGGCCGGGUAGCACUGUCAGAGUCACUGUUCUCUAAUUUCUAGCAGGACCUCUGACCGCCCUGCUGGGGAUCAGACCGACAGUGAUGCAGAGACAUGCUGCUGUGGUUGUGCAUUACUGAACUGGAUGAACAGAGCGUGUCAGACUACAGGGCUGCUGCUCAAGGCAACUAAGGGAUACUACAGGGACCCUCCUGUCACCCUUUUCUUCUAACCUCCAGCCUUGGGGCAAGUUUACCAAACAGACUUUGCCUGUCAGGAGACAAUUUGUGGUCAUGAUGAAAAUAUUUCAAAGAGGAACAGAUUCAUAUCUUUUGUCAGUGAUUACAGUCCACUGAGUUUUUCUCUACGUGCCCUCUGGCCCAUAAAACUGACCUCUGUAGAGCUAAAAGCAAAAGAGGCUCAUUUGAACUGCAUUGCCUGAUAAUCUGGCACUAACUCUUCCCCUGAAGACACGAAGCACUGAAGCUCUUUCUGGUCAGGAAAUAUGAAUACAAACUUAGAUGUGCAGAUUUUCUUCUCCUUUUUUUAAUAAUAGAUGUUUUGUGGUGAAUAUCAGUCAUUAACUCUCUUUGUAGACAAAAUAACCGAGGCCUGAGUGUCACAGAAAGCGCUGAAGGGCAGUAAUCUAACAACUUCAAAAGAAUAAAUGUCUUGGAGGAAGCUGCAUUUGUCUGAUGGCUCUAUACAUGGCUGUCUUGCUGUUAAAAGUCUGAUGUGUGAUUUGCACCUCAAACGAAGCGUGGAUAAACGAAGAUGGUCGUGUCAUCAGAGACAGGAAGAAAGUGAUGCCAUCGCUGUGUCCCAUAUGCUCCUUUUCACCUCCCCUCCCCCAUCCCCUCCUUCCCAGGCUGUCUGAAGAAAUGGGUUAAACCAACGUCUUAGCGUGAUCUUGAGGUUAAUGCAAAUGACUACCUAAUGUACUGGCUUAAUGAUAACUUUGGAGUGCUAUAUCCCUUCACCACAGAAGUGAUGCAGUUUCAUGAUAUUUCUUACUGAUGAUUCAGCUGCUUAAUGGUGUGUUAAUGUGAUUUUACAGUCAGAGAUUUAUCAUGUAGUAUGUUAUGUUAAGCUGCUGGAUGAACUCUCAUUGUAUACCUACAAUGGCAAUAAAAGGCAUUUAAUAAUACCCCAAAGUGACGGGGACUAAUGUGGUUUGGAGAUGCUGAGAGUUAAAGAGCUUGGACCUGAUUAGCCAAACAUCAAAAUCAAACAGAACUUCAAUAACAGAGGGAGAAAUCACACUGUGGGGUUUAUGACUAGUUGAAUGUGGUGAUGCUAAUGCUUAAUUUUAUUUUGUAAUUUCUAUCACUAUUUUUUAACAUUAGGAUCAAAACCAUCAUGGAUACUGAUCAGUAUGAAAGUUUUACAUUUUUGGGAAAAAGAUGAAAAAAAAAGCAAAACGUGUCCACAUGGUCAACACUGAGUUAAAGGUUGGGUAGGCAGGAUCUUGGGAAGUGCCAGUUUUUGGGAGAAUUCUUGAAUAUAAACACUACCCCUCCCAACCAGUUUUCCCCUCAGUUCCUCCUCUCAUCUCCAGCAAGCCCCGCCUACAAGCAGACGCUCCUGCUCGCUCGUAUCAUUUUAAUUAAAUUCAGAUAUAAUGCAGAUAAAUACUUCAGAUAAUUACAAAUUAGGCCCAGUCAACGUGAAAGUAAAAAGCAUUGGUGCUACUGUAAAUGCCAGCAGACUACAACACGAUGUUUGCAAGACUUCUACAACUAGGAUAAAGUGACACAGUCCAGGAUCCGAGGUCAACAGUUUAGCGGCGCUACAACACAAAGCAGGUCCUGUUUGAUAAGAAACACUUCUGUUACACUUGGCUUACUUUGUUAUAGCAGUUUACCUGUCCAGCUGAAAGGUUAUAGGGUCCGUAAGAUCCCGAAGCGUCACAGCUCGUUUAUGCUUAAUUGAUGUUGACUUGGCUUUUUAGCUCUUGUCCGGUCUACCUCACAACACAAGGGAGUAGGGUCUGCCUCACAACCAACCAAGGCAGGGAAUGUCUUUGUUUACAGUCAGAAAGAGCGGGCCACUCAAAAAUUUUAAAAUGUUGACUACACAGACAUAACAGAACACAGCACUAUUGUUAUAUUACCAAAUAUCAUCAAUAUUUAAUAGCUAUUGACUGAUAUUAAAAGCUUUUUGUAUAUGCACCACAAAAAAAGAUGCUUCUUUAACGGAUUCCUGCCUACCCCACCUUUAACUCAGCUCAGCAAAUAUAGAUAAAUGCAGUUUAAUUCCCUCAGCCCACCUGUGUGAUUAUUUAAAUUAUAUAUUGUAUGUAAUACGUGCUGUAUGUCAUGAAUUCUGGAAACACACCAGCCGCCACUGCUUUAAAUUCAAUUCUUCCAAUGAGUGUUAAAGAUAAGCUGGUCAUGUACAGGAGAAGACUGCUAUAGUACCACCACGUUGUACCACAGAGCGCUACAGGAAAUCCAUUCACCCUGUGGCAAUCAAGCUGUAAAACUCAUCUACCCCAUGCAGAGAGACGCACAGCAGAGUGCUCGGGUGGCUGCAGCCCCAGUUUGAGUUCUGUUGAGUAAAUCCAGCUUGUAUACUAGAGCUUACAUCGAUUGCAAUCAUCACAACUUUCUGACUGGGACAACCUGAGUUAAUUGCAGUAAAGGGAUGUUACGUGAACAUUUGAGAAUAGAACCACUAAGAUUUAUAAUGCACCGUACAUCUGCUUGGUCCCGACAGUCAACGUGUUUAUAAUUUUGCAGUUUGAAGCUUGCACAUCUGUUGGAUCUGCACCUCGGCAUCAACCUGUUUAUUCAUGAGUCUGUAUAAUUACUAUACAUGUCUCACUUUCUCUGCACUCUGCGAAUGAUGGGUUCGAACCUUACAAUUAUGAUCCUAAGCAUUCAUUUCUAAUUAGGUAUUGUGUUUUAUAGGGCUUGUGUCAGACUGAUACAUGCUGUUCCCUGAUAUAUGCUGUUAAGCAGAAUUUUUUGGUCCCUUUAUUCAGUUUUUUUCUUUCUUCUUUAAAGCUGCAUCAGUUCCUCACUUUUGCUCAGAUUGAAUAAAGAAAGUCAUUUUUAUAAUCUUAAAAACUGAUCAAGAGUCUGCAGAGAUCUCAGCUUAUUCAAUAGGAAAUAGAAAGAGGGUCUAGUCGAAAUAGUACUGACUACUGCUGUGACUUUACUCAGUGAAGAUUCAGAGACACGCAUACUUUUCGACACAUGCUAGAUGUGAGAAAUAUGCCAAGCUAUAAGUUGGUGUCUUUUUAGUAUCUAUCUUUCGCUGAUAGCUAAAGGGCUUACUUUGGUAGCAAGAGUCAAAUGUAAACCUUGUCUUUUCAGUCUGGCUUUUACUGUAAUGUAAAGUUUUGUAAUGUCAUUUCAUGAUUAAAAUUUAUUCUAUUGAUUUUAAUCUUGUUCAGCUUUUAAGUUUUAAUCCUCAAUCAUAUCUGCUCCAAUUAUUUCCUGCUUGUUUAGUGCACUUAUCUAUCUUAAACCCUUUAUCAUAACCUUUCUAUUUUUUUAACUAUUCAUGUUAUUUUUUUAUUCUUUACCUCUUUUAAACUCUAUUUCUUUUAUUGUUAUAAUUGCAUAUAUUGUAUGAUUUUGGUCUGCAUUAGCCUGUACUUGGAUAUGCCAUGUUUUAUCACUGUUUUUUACUUUCUCGUUCUUCGUCACUGGAGGGCACUUUGCAUUUGAUUUCCAUGACAGAUGCUUUGUAAAUAAAGUGUGAUUGAUCAAAGCUUGAAGCCACAGUGGCUUAAAACAUUUGUCAAGGGUUGUUAAAUUUUCGAUAAGGUGGAAAAAAUGUAAUGACAGUUUUGACAAAGGCUGCCUAAAAUGCGGGGUAUCAGAAAAACAUCAUGUUUAGUGUGUCUGAGUGAUCGCAUAAGCCAGGUGCCAAAGUCCAGACAGAUUUAUGAGAAGGAGACCUGAUGGAUACUCUUUCAGGCUAACUUAAAGGCAUGCUAUCAAGAUAACCCUCCAUGGUACAGUGUAUUUUUCAAAGACAGGGCUGCCAUACCUUUUCCCCCAGUAUGCCAACAUUGUCAUUAGCUUUGUCUGCUGACAGUUAAAUGUUUUUUUUUUUGCCAAAGGCUGUCAGAUCACUCCAGCCCUAACCCUGACAGUUAUCUAAAAGGGAUAUGUUUACUCUUUAAAUUUUGCAGGCACAUUGCAAACAGUAUGAACAUAGAAGAAAAAUGUCUAGAUCUAGAUUUAUCAGCAAAGUGCAUGUAUUUUUUUUUCUCUCAGAAUAUUAACCCAGAGUAAAACAGAGAAACAAAGCUGAGCAAAUUAAGAUAUGUAUGAAUACUCUAUAAAAUCAUUUAAAAAGCAUAUACCACUGUAUGCUUCUAUACGGAGCACAUGUAAUAAGUCAUGGGUGUAAUCUGUAUUUUUUGGUGUUUUGCAGAACAGCUUAAUAAACAUGUUUAUACUCAUUAUUGUGUACAGGAGCUGAAAAUUACAAAAAAAAAAAAAAAAAAAAACAGGCUUUGUAAUAUACCACAUAGUUCCAUUUCCCCUUAUAAGCUUCAUUUAGUUGCACAUGAGUAUUUUUGCCACAUUCAGUGUAACACAUAAAAGCUCAAAACUUAAGUCUAUGGUUGUGAACACAGUAGUGAACCUCUUGGAAAGUUGUGUACACCACUCCUGAUAAUUCCAGAGUAUCUCCAGCCUCAUUCUUUAUUUAUUUUUUAAAUUGCAUAAACUCACAUUUUAACCAAGCAGCAAACAUUUUAACUGUUGCAUCAUGCCUGUGUGGACUUUAUAAGAGCUCUGUUAAUGCUUCAUGGCAGCUGAUCAAUGAACAUGUUGAGGCGGUUAAUGCACAGUCAAACAAACACAGUGUGUUCCAGAGUGUGCUGUAAUUCGAUGUUUUACUGUGUCUAUGGGAAUACAAGUCCCGCUCAUUCAAGCGCUUUAGUGAUUUAACCAACUCUGAUUUACCACUGAGAUAAACAGCUGGGAAUUGGGGUUUUACUUCACGAGCUGCACAAAGUGUUGUGUUGUCACAAUACAGCAAGUGUCAGCUGACAGGAUAUAAUGAGUCUGUUUUAGAGGAUGUACUUUUUCCCACUUCUCUGAUUCUAGCUGCCAGAUUCAUUUUUCUUCUCACAAGCAUCUAGAUACAAAUGUCACAUUAUGUAACACUCAGUCUAAUGCGAGGGAUCCCACUCUGCUAAUGCCACUGCUUCAAGCGCAACUGUGGGUGUUUUUGAGGUGGAUAGUUUCCUAUUUUUCUAGCCGAGUGUUUGGGUGUUGACAAGACUGUUGAGUCAUGGUGAAUACAUUUAAAAAUAUCUGUGUGCGUCCGCGUGAGUUUUGUCUAAAUUGCCAAGUCUUCAUGAGACCACAGACACCAUUGUAAGUGUAUCGUUUUAGCAGAAGUAUGACUCAGCACAUCAAUUAUGAGUUCUGUUUUUUUUUUAACAUGCUCACUAAUUACUAAUUUAUUUAUCUCAUAAUUAAUUACUGCUGCCAUACGCGCUGUCCAAGGAAAAAACAAACAUUAAUUUUAAAUUACAAGUGUUGAAAUGUUUUUGUAACCAGCUUAAAAACACAUUGGCAACAAAAAUAAAUUUUUCUUCCAUGGGUCUGCACAUUUGUAGUGUUUCGUGUGCUGUGAUUACCUCAGAUAUGGAAAAGCUGCUGCCCUAACGCUCAGUGCCCAUCAUACAUCUGCUUUCUCCUCCUCUCUGUCUUACAGCCUCUGAGCAGCAAGGCUCAGUUGUUCAAAAAAAUCAAUUUGCAGUAGUCCCACUGAAACUAGGCUAUUAAAAUCAUGUAAACACAUCAGGCCGAAAUCACACUUAAUCGAAUAGUUCUCAUAGUCGCACUAACAUACCUGGAUAACAUGGUUAGGGAUCGAUUUUCUCUUUCAUGUAUACGGCUCGAUUGGACUGAAAAUGGCUUAACCAUUCUGUGCAUGCUUCAGUGUUUGCAUGCUAGGCAACCUGUUAGCUUCUUGCUUAUGCAUUUUGUCAGGAUGACCUGACAGUAUCGACCUACUGAAGCAGAGGUGAACAUGCUUCUGUCAAUAACUCGAUUCUUGCCCAGUGCACGUAAACUGGGACAAGGACAGUAGCCCAGUUCAGUUGCCCAGUCAAGCAAUGAUCAUAGCUUGCAUAUGAACAUACUGUGCAUGUUCAACUAAUUUACCUUGCUGUCGAUACAUCCUUAGGUCACUUCUUCAAUGUCUUUAUCACAGCUUUACGCAAAAUUCGCCAAAAAUUCCCAGACACCUCACUUUAGAUUUUCUUUCUUUUUCUUUUUAGUAUUUUCUGCAUGCCUGAUUUUUGGGCUCUUGCUAUUUUGAAUUUGCAGUAAAAGAAGGUUGACAGGGACCUUUGAAUUUACACAAAGUAAAAAAAAAACAAUCCAUUUUUACGAGGAAGGAAAGUGAAAAUAAACCACUAAGGAUGGGUAGUUUUUUACUGAAGAUAUUUUAACUGUUGUUUCUGGGACAACUGACCUGGGCGCCCUAAAAUGUUGUUGGUGAUCAGGUCUGACUUUUUAGUUUGAAAACAUGAAGCUUGCAGCUUCUGUCAGCUGUGCAAACAUCAUAAAUGAGCGUGUUCUUACCCCUUUUUUGAAACCUGAAUAAAUGAUGAGUAUCUUGAAACAGGCGUAAUUCACAAAAUCACUUAAAGCUUCUGAUCAUUGAAGAAAAUAACCCUCCUGCAUUUAGUAAUCCUCUGCUCCCACCCACACCAUACAUUUCCCUGUGUAAGAGAGAUAAAGAGGCUUGCUGAGUACAUCCUGAGGAGCCGCAAAUGAAAAACUCAGUUCAAAGUUGAUUGUGGUAAGCAGUUUUUAAAAGAUAUGCAAAUAAAGUGACAGAGUAAGAAGCUUUUGCAUUUCCCCGCCAGGAGUGGAAUUUGUUUUGCUGAAUUUGUAUUCUGUGUGACACUUUAAGAGAUAUAGUGCUCAAGUUUGAACCCUGCUCUGAAGAAAUUACAAGGAUGUUUUAGCUCACCUGGCUGCUUUGGCAAACACUUUACUUUAACCUUGCAGGAACAAACAAGUGGCCUCAACCGCAGGGAGAAUGAAUACAGAUGCGAGGUUUUAAGACGGUGAUAAACCUGAAGGUUCAACAAGCUUUUAAGACUUCAACUAUGUUUGCAACAAUGCUUCAAUUUUGUUGUUUCCUCUGUUCUCCUCUUGCAGGGAGUGCUUACAGAGAAUGCAUGGAUAAUGGGACGUGGGCGUUGAAGAGCAAUUACUCCAAUUGUGAGCCCAUUUUAGAGGAGAAGGUGAGUUUGCAUUCCCGCUACAACCUUCAUUUUGCAAGCAAUUCAUCAACAGUUGUAGACUUGCGCUCUUUACAAAGUCUUAUUACACUAAUGGCACAUGGGGAAAACCAAUCAUAUGUGGUGAAAAAACAUGUGCUGUUUAGACGGUGCUCUGCUGAUUAAACUGCAUAUUUAUUUAUGUUCAAUGCAGCAUCUAAACAAAUGGCUUCCAGACGAUUUGACAAAUGUAUAAGGGCAGUCUUGUGUCCCUUUAAGCAAAGCCUGAGGUCACACUCAAGGACUGAUGUAUUGUACAUAAUGAGUUUAGGCCUGAUAACCUUAAAAUUACAUCUCCUGAUUCUGUGUUUUUCUGCAUUUUGCCCUCUUUUCUCGUAUAAUACAAAGCUGCGAUAUCCAGAGUGUGUGAAAAGCAUCUGCUUUUUCACACUUUGGUCGAACCUAAGUGUCCAUUAGUGAGUUUUUAAUGAUCAACAUGAAGGCCAAACAGAUGCUACAGAAAAGUUGAUAAAGGACUUGCAUCAUAAUUUAAUGACUGCUCCCUAGGUCGCGCUUGAGGGUUUGACUAAUACCUGAAAAAGUCAGUUCAAUUUUUCAUAUGAUGCAGCGAAAGGGUUGUUACUUACUCCAGGAUAUAGUGGGAGUCUCAGUUAAGGUCAAAUAGCUACAUAUAUUGGGACAUUAGGACAGCCCUCAAUAUUCCACUGGUUUUAGGCCACGAGGCUAAACGUACGCUAGCGAGAUUUAGAUUCAAUACUUUCACUUCAUGGUUUAUUAGGCCUGGGCGAUUUGGCAAAAAAAAAAGAUCAUGAUAUAUUUUGUCAUAUCGUCCGAUUUCGAUUAUUAUCACGAUUUUUUUAAACUGCCAGUUUUAAAGUAUCUGUACUAAAAACUAAAGAAACUACAGAUUAGUUCAACAUUUUAUUAACAUACAAAUUAGAUAUCAAAGCAAAUUGAAUAAGAUAAACUUAGAAAGAUAUAAAAAACAUUUUAGCUCAAACGGAACAACAAAAGUAGAUAAAUACUAGAUAAUACAGUGAAUUAGUUUACAGUCCUGAGUGUUUCUGCAGGUAUGCAAGACCCAAAAUAAACAAAUGAAGACGCCUUAAAAUGUAAACAUGAGAUGAUGGAAACGUAGAUGAUAUGAUUGAUCGCAGCUUUGGUCUGGUGGCCGCACCGCUAGUUGUAGCUAAACUGCUAAUGCUACUCGUGCCGUUAGCCUUGGCCAGCUGUGCAGACUCCGCUCACAUUUUCAUGCUUUCUGCAUAAUCACUCUGGAAGUACUUCUUCAAAUUAUUAAAUAGAUCUGUUGUGUUGCCAGUUUUUGGGGGCACUGACCACCAACAUACCUUACACAUCGGCUUAAUUGCUCAACGUCACUUUGGAGAUACCCGAACCACCGCCACACAACCGAGAAACAACUUCUCAACGAUAACAUCUUUGAAGGUUAACCAAAGUCACGGCUGAUAUCUAUUUGGCUGCCUUUGGCUCCGCGUUUAGCUCCACGUUCAGUCAUCCUGUUUACUCCUUCUGUUUACUCCUUCUCCGGCAACUUACAGAGGUGAGCAGGAAAAGCUCAACUCUGAGUGGCUGUUGUGACGCACAUUUCUGCCAUGUAUCGAGUAAAUAUGCUCACAGCUGAUCACCAUGAUCGAACUGAAAUUUAUCACGAUCAUAUAAUCACCCAGUCCUGUGGUAAAUAUACUCACAAGAGGAAUAAGUAUGCUUUUUAUUAUUUGUUUGUGCUUCCCCUGGCUCAAUCAAGAAAUUGAUAUCACCUCAGUCAAGAAUCAACUCAAUGAUAAACCGAAAAACAUGCCCCCACCAUUCAUAGCUUAUUGUCCAAAGGUGGACAAAGUAAAGCUCCAAUAGACUGACAGUGCAGCUCCAUGCAGCAGGUAGAGCAGAUGCUGGUAUAACCAGAUCCAUUCACCUUUCUGAAUGGGUUCCAAUCAAUUUGUCUAUUUUUUCAGGGAAGGUUACGCACUGGUUGCAUCACAAGUGCUCCUAGAAGCAAUUGUUCAGACCUACAACCAAUCAGAUAAACGCAGCACAUGACAUAGCCCAUAGCAACAAAAAUGUAAACACAUAGUGGCACGCAUAGUUACGGAACACACCUCUCUCUCUAAUGAACCCUGUAUGUGCAGUUGUUUGUUCUUGUUUCAAUGAAGUACGUCAUCCGGUUUGUUGAGAACAGACACACAGACACUAAAUAGAAGUCAUUUAGACAAACUCACAUGCCUGCAUUAAUGAAUAUGAGCUGGCUGAUGUGUCUGCCUAUGCCAGGCUAGCGCAACAAAACAGGAGCAAACUGGUGAAGAUGCAAAGUGUUAUUGAUAUGAUUGCUCUUGAAUAUUGUCAGCACAAUAGGCUUUGCGAAUUUGAUUGAAAGACAGAGAAGAUAGCAGGACGAAACCAUACGCAACCUGUGCAUCGUAUCGUAUUACAUGGUGUUCCUGUAAUCUAAGUUUUCCUGUAAUCCAAAAAGGUUUUAGAAGGAUUUUAGUUCCUUAUGUGGUUCCUAGACGUUAGUUUGUAAAGAGGUAUUUAGAUUAAAAAAAUAAAAUCUUUUGACUGCGUCACACACAGGCGGUUUGGUAGAAUUUCAGAGUGGUGAACAACUUGACAAGAACAGUUCAGAUAUUCAUGUUUUGGCAUCUUUUUGUGUCCCCUCAGUCCAUCUGAGCUUUGAGAUACCCCUUUGCUGUAGUAAUACGUACAGUAUGUAUUCUGUGUCUUUUUGUUGUUUUCUGCACUGAUGAGUAAUUCUUAUGCUUUCUUUGCAGAGAAAAUAUCCAAUGCAUUAUAAAAUCGCUCUCAUCAUCAACUACCUAGGCCAUUGUAUCUCGGUUGGAGCUCUAGUCGUGGCCUUCAUUCUCUUCUUGUGCUUAAGGCAAGUACAGAAAUAGUCUCCGUCUAAAUGUGUCCUGCAUGCGUGAGACCUCACAGGAGACAAUCAGUGAGAAUUCAUGUAAUAUCCUCUGACUGCUUUCGUUAACUCGCUUAAGUCAGGCGAAUGUUGCUCUGCAGACUGGCUCGGGAGGAACACUGUGGACAUACUGAGCAUUUCAUAACACUCUUUUCUUUGUACUUCUUUUCAAGCCCUGUUUUAAACACACACAUACACAUACACACACACAUACACACACACACACAUACACCUACAUCAGCCAUGACAGAGCCAAGCAGAGGCUAAACAGCCUCAGCUGAGUUGUGCACAGUGGUUUGAUCGACGUGGGCCUUUACAGGCACAUAUUGAUUCGUUUCUGUAAAAGAAACAAAAAGUCAAUAUUUUCAGCCGGUUAAUCUCUGCAGAUUUGAUGGAACAAUCUACAUUUUAGUGUUUACCCAAAGAGGUUAUAUUUGGACAGGACAAAAAAAAACUGUGACCAUCAUCCCAACCUUUCUUUACAAGGCCCGAGAAAAGGAAAACUAUUUAUCUUGAGUGUCUCUCCUCAGUACGAUGAGAGUCCUCAAGGGAGUCCUUAAAUCUCAAGAUGUGUCGAAAUAAAUCAUAUUUCUUUUUCUGCUAGUCAUGACUGAGUCAGAAGUGAUCAUGUAGAAAUUAUUAAUUUUUAGAUUCAGCUUGACUCGAGCUUUCCAUGGAUAUCAAGCCCAUCUUAUCUGAUGUCAGAUUUGUUUAGACUUCCAAAAGUCUGCUCUUUAAGGUCUGAAAACACCCACUUUUUAAGUGUAUUACUGUAUCAGGAUGAUCCAGUCAGAGCUAUUUGUGCAGCCAUUAGUGGAGAGAAGACAAGUCGAUGAAUAACAUUUGUAUAAAAGGUAUUGAGAUUGUAAAUUUUUUAAUUAAAUGCAAUGCUGGAGCUGCUCUCCACUGUCAUAAUCUGCCAAAAGCUUAUGCGCAGGAUAAUUAAGGCAAACACUGUCUCUAUUUCUCAGCCAAAUAGUGCAGCAGUCCAACCUUACUCACAAAGAGCAUGGCUAUUUAACCAGGAGUCAAUAUUUAUUAUGAGCAUGAUGCAGUCUCUUUGAAUUCAUGACGAUGAAACAUGUCUGUUGUUUGACUUGUGAAACAGGAGCAUACGAUGUCUUCGAAACAUCAUCCACUGGAAUCUGAUCACCACCUUCAUACUGAGGAACGUGAUGUGGUUUCUGCUUCAGCUUAUUGACCACAAUAUCCACGAGAGCAACGAGGUGACCUGAUCGAUUUUUUUUUUUGGUCUUUGCAUAAUCAAUAAAUUCAUUUUUUAGCAUAUAAAAUACGUUCCAAAAAAGUUUUGUGAAAAAAGUUAAUCAUAUUACAAGUAACCCCGAGCCUUCUGCCUUUUUCAGCCUUGGUGCAGAUUGAUAACAACAAUAUACAACUACUUUGUGGUGACAAACUUCUUCUGGAUGUUUGUUGAGGGGUGUUACCUCCACACAGCCAUUGUGAUGACUUACUCCACUGAUAAACUCAGGAAGUGGGUCUUCCUUUUCAUCGGCUGGUGUAAGUACUGAGCGUUAUACUAAUGUUGACACUGCUUAAGUUGAACAUUUUGUGAUGAUUUGUGAUUGAAUAUCAUCAUUUGAUGCUUUUGUUUGUGUGAAAAUAUAUGUGUUUGUGUUGAUUUCUGGUUGACUUUGAACAUUAAUCGAUAACACUUUCCAAUAACCAUAAUUAAUAAAUGGUGAAUAGAUAGUUUAUUAAUGUUUAAUCAUCAUUUAAAAAUAGCAUAUAGACCAAUUAUAAAUUAAUGUAAGUUAAUAGUUACUUUACCAUUAACAAGAAUGAAAUUAUGAUUAAUAAUUUUCAUUAUUUAUUAAUGAACUAUUCAUCAGAGGUUUAUAUAGGGUUUAACUAUUGGUUGUAAAACAUCAAGAUUAAAAUGUGUGUCAGUAGCACUUUGUAAAUGGUUAAUAUUUGGUUUUUAAACCACCUAUAAACAUUACUUAGAUGGUUAUUGUAAAGUUAGGUUUAGGUUUUUAAAAUUGUAAAAUUUACAAUUUAUUAAUGGUCUAUAUGCUAUUUAUAAAUGAUGAUUAAACAUUAAUAAACUAUCUGCUUACCAUUUAUAAAUGGUCAUUUUACCAUUUAUAAGUUAUGGGUUUUGUGUUAGUGUGUUAGCCAUUAAUCAUGUAGAUAUCAAAGAUAAUCUGUGCAAAGUAUUUAUCUGUAUAAAUGUGCUGGUGUUUUGAUGAAACCAGGGUUGAGGAGCAGCCAGACCCCAGUGAUAUAUAACACACCUCCCCAAGUCCAAGUUAGCAUUUGCCUGAAUUAAAUGAAGUCUGGUUAGCGAGGGAAGCCAAGGGAGACUCUUCAGUGCCCAGCCUGAGGAAAAGUCUUUGAUUACAUGGGGGGGACAGAGAGGCAGAGAAAAAAUGUCAUUUCUCUAAACCUCUGCUUCCAGUGGUAGAGUGAACUUGAACAUGUGCAUGUAACCCUGUGGUUGCAUCGAUCAUUUAUGCUCACCUUGACUUAAGCUAUUAGGAAAAAAUAAAUGUAAUCAUGAGGCAGGAGAAUGCACAAAGACACACUGAGUAGGUCUGGUGUAGGUCAUAUCAUGUGUCCUGGCAGAAAGAGAAAUAAACACACACCUUAGUAAAUCUAGGUCGCGCAGCAGAGCCUUACGCACACAAGAGUGAAAAAUAAAUAGAUAAGUAGCCGAUGACAUAUGAUGGUGUUGACACACAGUCAGGAGGCUGAUAUCAGCUUCAAAGCAAAAGUAACCAAAUGCAAAUAUAACACAUAUCAGUUUAGCUUUAAUAAGCUUAUAAUGACUGUAACAUCUGCAACAGUUUCUUUCAAGACAGAGACCUCGACGGUAUUUGAAACUGACUAACAACUCUAGAGAUUUAUCUACUUUUGGUUUUAAAAGAAAGAAUCUGUCUAUGGCCACAUGAAAAGUCUUUUUCAAGUUUUGUUUGUUAUAUCUGUGACAUGAAACCCCUGGAAAAUAUUGAAUGACUCACAAGUUACAGCUGCCAAAAAGAAGGACAAGAAAGGACAGAAAAACAAAACAGAUGAAAAUGGGUUGGCAGCAUGUAUGGGAAUGCUAAUGAUAAAAAUAAAACAUUGAAUAUAGAAAAUAAGACUGAAAUUUUAGUAUAUGCACCACACACAGUGUUAUUCAGCUAAAUAUAACUAUGAGGGAGAAUCAGAAAAAGUUAUGAUGCUCUUUUCAGAUUCAGAGCUGCAGCCCUGUGGGGAAAAAGACAAAGAGUGAGAGAGAAACAGAGAGAGAGAUUGAACUUUUCCUUGUGCCACUGAUAUUUGUCUUGGGAGACUUUUAAUUAGAAUUCAUUAGGAGGAGAUGGAAGUAGGGCAAAUUAAAUACGUGUUUCACCAGGAGGCCUAGAGUAAACUGUGGCUGAAAUAGUUCAGACUUCUCUCUGUUAAGUUAAAGGUCCUCUACUGAUCUUUGGUCUUUACCAAAAUCUGAUCCACUGUGAUCAACCACAACCAAACCUUGACCCUGAACCCAUGCGGUCAGCUCUAGUUUAUUUACUUAAUGAUUAACUGGGAGAUCCUCUAUUUGCUUUUUAGGCAACUCACAGAGUAAGACAAAUGAUAAUAAUAAAAAAUAAUAAUAAUAAUAAAGUUAUAUUGCACCGUUCAGAAACAAGUAAAUAAGUGUUUAACAAAUCAAUAUGACUACAUAAAAAAAUUAAAAGUGGCAGCUAACAGUUAAAACAAGGUCUACACCCAUAAAUAAAGGUAAAAGCCUAAAAGACCAAAUAAAAAUAGAGAAUGAACCUCUUGUUUCGAGGAAGUAGUCUCCCCUCAAGCUGCUCUCCUGAAUACUCUGGGGUGUCACUGAGAUACUCCAAAGGCCUUCCCAGUACUUUUCUCUCAACAUGUUACAAAAGUUCUUGUAGGCAGCACAGCUUCAAAGAGACUGUAAAAGAAGCAUAAGCUUUUUAAAAAAAGAGUUCAACUCUGCAUAAAAACUGUAAAAUAUUUGACGGUGCCUUUGCCUAUAGAGAGUAAAAAAAGACCUUUGAAUCGCAGAUGCCUCCCUCAGCUACGUCCGUCUGGUUUUAACAGAGGAGAACUGCACACCGAGGUCAAAUUGUUUUAUUUUAUCCCAGGAAAAUCAAAAGCAUUUAAUAUUUUCUCAAAUUCCCAGAUCUUAGCGUAAGGCCGUCCACUCCUCCAAGCCAUGACGGACAACCAUGGCCCGCGGCUGUUUUUUUUUAUAAGUGCAGGCCCUCCACAUUUCACAGAGAUACCGAUCAGGGUUGAAAUAUGUGCAGGGAGUGCUCGCUUAGAUGAUUUGAAUGACUUUUCAUCAAAAUAUCACCCCAGUGGCAUUGCAGUCAAUCAAAAAGAAAAAAAAAAAACAACAUCCACAAAAUUUUUUUUUUUUUUUUUUUCGCACUUUGUAUCUAAAUCUUCAAAUUCUCAAUGAAAGUCCUAAAAAAGAUCAGCAGUUGUUUUUGUUUUCCAGUCACACAAAUCCCUCAUAACUCUGCUGGUCCUCUCUGACUCCUGAGUGAUGCAUCCUAUGACUGUGAUGCCGCUUUAACCCUAAAAAGUUACUGUGUGACUCACUGCAGUCUGGAGCCUAAAACCUUGAAUAAAACUGCACAACCUCAUAUGAGUCAGAUGUUUAAAGAAAAGUAGUGAAGUGACAUUGGAAAAGCUGUUUGCUCCUGAGACUCUUUUGUACUUCUUAGCAAUCUUUGUAUUCUUUUCUUCCAGGUAUCCCAUGUCCUAUAAUAAUAGCCUGGGCUAUUGGAAAACUGUAUUAUGAAAAUGAACAGUGAGUAUAACAAAACACAUUCAGGUUUCUGAGUAUGUCCUUUCAGGUUUUUCCCUCUCUGAUUCUCUCUUUUCCUCUGUCUGCAGAUGCUGGUUUGGUAAAGAACCUGGGAAAUACAUGGACUACAUAUACCAGGGACCAGUUAUUCUUGUGCUCCUGGUGAGAAGCAAAGUCAUUAUGCUGCACAUGCAUUAUUAUUAUUAUUUUCACACUAAACCUACAUUGCACUGGUGUAUGAUUCAUCCCUAAUGCCUGAAUGUCAGUGUAAACAGAUGAAAAAAAAUGGCUUGAGAUGAAAUGGAUUCUCGAUGAAGCCCAUUUUCAUCCUGCAGCCAGCUUAUUGUAACGGUGGUAUUAAUCUUCUAAAUGGGUUAAGGUAUUUCUACUCAUAAAAACCACAGGAAUCGUAUGCAUAGUAUGUGUUCAUUAAUGGUUAUGUGCGAGCUGUUACCGGCAUGCAGUGGUGACUGGUUUAGACUUGUGUGCUUUUAUAACUUAUUCAGUCUUGCUGAAGAGGAGGGAGCCUUGACUUGUGUUGCUGCUCCUCCUACUCAGUAUUUAACCAGCAGAGUCUGCCGGCUGCAGACAGUUAUUCUGGCUGUAUUUCACUGUCAGCUAAUAACACAGGUUUCAAAGCUGAUUAAUUUCUCUGCUUUUUUUCGCCCCUCCAGAUAAACUUUGUUUUUCUCUUCAACAUCGUCAGAAUUCUUAUGACCAAACUCAGAGCUUCAACCACAUCAGAAACAAUACAGUACAGGUGAGUAUACUGAGCACACUGUCUGUUCCUGUUUGCUCCCCUCUAAAAACAACAUUUAUUAAAGACUGUGAAGUGAUACAUUUGAACAGCAGAUCAAGAAAGCAGACUAAUUUUCCCUUCAUUACUUUAGCAUUAAAAUUCUGACCAAACACUAAACAGAGCUGGGCCUGAAGCUACAAGGAUUGCAGAAAUCUGUUACUGACCAGGUGGUUCCAGAAAUUGCACCGUUUUGGGAGUAAAAUCCAAUUAUGACCCUCAGAAAAUCAUUUUCCAAGCAAGCAAAUAUUUAUUUAGAAAGUGGAGAGAAACAUCUUUCCUGAUCUUCUGAAUAUUUUAGUCUGAGUUGUUCGAUGUGUCCUACUAUAACCCUUGUUUAAAUGUGGUACGUGCUUAAAUAUGCCCCAAACAUCUGUGCUGACAAACUGAACCAAAGCAAACAAACUUCAAUUCUUAAAUCGUUCACUUUAAAGUGACUUAUACCCUAAGAUCCACCUUUUAAUUGUUAUGGAAGUUUCCUUUUUUAGUAGUCAGUGACAUGGUGGAGCAAGCAGCACAUGGCCUUGUCUUGCUGUUUGGCUGGUACCCUCUUAGCAGGCAGCUGCCAUGGAUCUGGACAUAUUGACUGUGCUUGUGGUGGUCCUGCCUUUUGGAUGAGUCUGAAUCCCCCAUCAGACAUCAGGUUUCUGGUUCACAGAGGGUGUUAUUAUUUCAACGGACCAAUCUAAAGGUUAUUAAGUGCAAUCAGGGACUAAGCUAGCAGUAUCUUUCUUGUCAGUUUGUGCUUUUUUUAUGUUUGUUUUUUGCAGCUUUCGCUCAAAGGAGUCAGGAUUGCUGUUGACUUUCCACCAAAGAGCAGAAUAUCUGAGUGCAAUGAUGAGCUCAGUUGGUUGAUUUUGUUUAGGCCACCUGCUGCUCUGCAUGUGAAGUGUGGAAAGAAGAGCAAGUCUGUUACCCUUGUUGCCUUUUUAUGCCAAACCAGUCCAGGUUACUGCCAACAAUAUCCACCUUAACUUCUUACAACUACUUGAAUAACAUUGAGCACAGACUGAAAAACUAUAAUUCUUGGUUGGCUUUAGCCGUCGUCUAUCUCCAUAUGUCAUCCAAGGACACUUCUCUCUGUCUGCAAAAAGCAGCCUGGCCCACAAGAGCGCAGCACAAUUCCCUUAUUAAAGAUGGAUGACACAUCUCCACCGAUUUCCAUUGAAAAGUGAAGCUCAAACACCCACUGGUGAUUCUGUUGAAGGUCUGGGUCUGUAUUAUCAGGAUUGGCUCUGACUCCAUACCCCUUCAGUUAACCAGAUCACACAUUUUACUGAAUGAUAAAAGCAGCAAAGAUCCUUUAGGUUGGUUUAGGCCACAAUGUGAAAAAUCCUUUUGUGUGUUGGUGCAAAGUUUGCAUUAAUUUCGAUUAACUUUUUCUCCCUUGUCCUUUUCUGCUGUGCUGAUCUGGUAAAGAACAGCAUUUGUUAACAUAGCCGUCAGUGAUGACGCCACAUCUUCUUUUUCUCGCAUCAAAUAGCUGCAACCAAAACUAGAUAAAUGAACUAACUGUAACGACAAAUACCAUGCUUGGUGUUUAUUCCAUAGACUGUAUAUAGAAUGGACGACAUCUGCUUCCUCGCUGGGUGAAGCGACCCCGAGAACAGCACCCUCUGGUAACGGGCUGCAGUUUAGGUCAUAAAUCCCGCCUCCUCCAGCAAUCCUUAUAGAGCUGUGGACAAACUUUAGAAAUUUAUUACACAGAAUAUAAAAUUUUCUCCUCCCUGCUUGUGAUGUUGACAUGUAGUUAUUGUAAGACUGGUUUGUGCUCAAGUCCUCUUUUUUCUGUGAAACUCCGUUUUUAAAGUUAUCAGGGGGUUCAUGUUUUCUAUGAUUGACACUUAGUACAGCCUAUGGGCGUACGAAGAUUGCAUAGCUUACCUGGGGGAUAUGCUGUUUGAGUCGAGCGUCAUCACAGCGACUCUCCUGACGAAUGCGCACAACGUUACUGCGCAAUGUUGGUUUCAGGAAAUGGAGAAAAAUCAUGGAAAUACCGAGAGCUUUUCAGCUUCAAAUCCGUAUACUGGCGGAGCCAAGUUGUCCAUAGUAUAUACAUUCUAUGGUUUAUUCUAAAAUUAAAGCUUGACCCAUGUCCGAUCUAUCAACAUGGAAGAGAUGAGGCUGGUGCAGCCAGUCAGUAGAGGAAGCUCCAAAUGUUUGUGAUCUUCCCUUAAGAGGAGAUGUCACCGAUCUUUUUAUACAGUCUAUGCAGACCAUCAGCUAAUGGGUGACAUCAAGGCUGGUGUUCUUGGAAAACACAAUUUUAAGUCACAAAACUAAAUAUAUUUCUCCUUCAAAAGCCAACUGUGUUUCAAAUUCAUGGGAAUGGUUAAAUGGCUUUUUAGAAUUGCCAGAUGUUUUUCUUAUUUUUUGCAAAAAAACAAAUCGAAGUCUAGACAAAGAAAUUACCUCAAACAAGCAGGAGGCAGUUGCAGUACUUUCAUGCAAGAAGCCAUUUCAUUUCCUCCAGUCAGACAUGGUAGGAGGUGGAGAACCUCUCAUGAGUCUGACAAGACUUGAUGAGUGAGUAAACACGGGGAUUUGUUGUGUGGCUGAGAGAGGCUCGCUGUGAGCGGUCCUGCUCCAUGUUGUUCUGUUGUAUGUGUGUCCACUCAAUUGUGAGAGCUCCUUUUCCUUUUAGGCGACUCUGUCAAGUGUGUUCUUCUCCUUUGGGGAUUAUUCAAAAUGUUCAGGGCGUUUGCUCUGUCAGCUCAGACAACGGUGAUUCAGGCUGUGCAGGGUAGAGCCGGGUUUACAGUCGUUGUUUGACAGAUGUGCUGACAUGAGCCAUGCAGAUUUAUGUGGGGGGGCACAGCAGGAGUGUCGAGCAUGAAUUAUUGACCUGGAAAUAGAACAUUAUGAAUGCUGGGAAAUGAUGCUACUUUUACUGAAAAUGUAUGUUCAGUGCAAACAAUGCGGUGUGUUUGACACCCCUGUGUACUAAGCAGUCUGGGUAUUUGUCAGAUUUGUCCUAUACAUGUGUAAGAAAUGUUGUUUUUCUUUCUGUUUUCGGCAAGUACAGUCAAAUUUACCAUCCGGCCAAAUUUUCUGUCUGGGAAACACAAAGCUGUCUCAGCUGCUGGCGGCGUACCACUUUGUCUGACACCUAUCCUAUCCUGCGACAGCAGUUUCAGACAUUAACAAAAACCAUUUAAAAACCAUUUACUUUCGCUGAAACUCAUUCGCUUUUGUAGGUAAUGGAAAAGCUUUAAUGUAAACCUCAGCCUGUUUCAUAACUAUCCAAAAACUUCACAUACUGCAAGUGUUAGUUUGGACCAGUAACUCUCUUGGAGCAAAGCAGCAAAACCUCCAAACCAAAAGUGAAAGUAUUAAAUUGACUUAAUUAGUAUUUGGGAAAUAAUUGAUAUUGAAUUAUUUAUUGAGUAUGUGGCAUGUUAGCGUGUAAAAGCCAGAAGUUUUUAUGAAUCCAUUAUCAGACUGUAAUUCUCUGUUAAAAAAGCUGUUUUUAUCUCCAAACAAGGCUUCAUCUCUCUGCUAAUGGGUUGAUACUUGGUGAGGUAAAGCCAGAGUAUUUUUGUUUGUGUUUUUCUCUGCCCACCACUGACGCAGGUUCAUGCAUCUUCCCAAACCAACUCGGAUUGAAUCCAACCUCUUACUGUACUAAUUUUCUGAAAUGAGGCUGUUUAUAUUCUGUCCUUGCCUUCACAGGAAAGCUGUUAAAGCAACACUGGUCCUCUUACCUCUUCUGGGAAUCACCUACAUGCUCUUCUUCGUGAAUCCAGGGGAAGACGACAUCUCGCAAAUUGUUUUCAUCUAUUUUAACUCCUUUUUACAGUCUUUUCAGGUAAGACUAACGGAGAUGUGUGACUCUAGCUGACAAACAUAGUGUACAGGGAGAACAGUGUGAUCUAGACUGAGCUCUGUACGGUUUUAUCGCACAGUCUGAAGAAAUCUUUUGGGGCGGCCUUUUUAUGAGACGAGCCUUUUUGUGGGGGACGAUUUGAAUAACACCUGCUGUGUUUACACAUUAUCACUCUCCAGAUUCUCGUUUGUGCCCUUUUUAAAACAUUUAAUGGACACAAAGGCAUGAUAUUUUGUUCACCCACUUUUUUGAUUAAAAGCAUAAAAGUGGAGGGAAAUUAUAGAGUUAUACAAGGCACGACAACAUCUACUCCCAUAAUGUAAUACGCCGUUUCUUUUUCUCUUUCUUUCUUGCAUAAGUGAAUUCUCUGAUGUCUAAUUAAAGUGCCAUCGCACUUCAAAGCUGUUUUACCGUCUGAUCUAACAGGAAUGUGUCUCGUUCUGCAGGGGUUCUUUGUGUCAGUGUUUUACUGCUUCCUAAACGGAGAGGUGAGUCACUGAAUUCCAUUAGCUUGUCAUGUUUUUCAUGAUAUACGAUCUUAACAAAGCCCCCAAAUGAAUUUCAUAGAUUAGUUUUUCUUUCUUACCACCCCCCGAGUUACAAAACGCUUUCAAGUUGAAGCAGGGGUUGCAUGAGUUAGCGCUCAUGAAGGAAAAAGCGCUGAGGGACUUCUUGAUCCAUUAGUGAGCAAAAUUCUGGCGUUUUUGGUUCUGACCAAAGUAUUUAUUUUUCACUGAGCUCUGUCGUUUUCAUCUAAGUAGAAUGAAGGUAAAUUGCCUGAAUUCCAGCUGUUAAAAGGAGGUUAAUGUGCUUUGAUUACACAUUUGUCAGUAAUUGUGACAAAUGAAGGGCCCUCUGACUGCUCUCUCACAGCCCUCAAAUAAUUAAACAUCAGGGAGGGAGAGGUGCUUAAUUUGACGAGAAACUAUGACUUGAGUCACCACUUUAGUACAGUUAGUUAAUUUAUUUAGUUCAAGAUUGUCACUGGCAUAAAAGAUUGCGUGGCUUUACCCUGAACAGUGUGACAUUUUGGACAUUUUGAGUAUUUACAUCUCAUUUUUUUCUUAUGUCUGCAGAUAAUUAUCUUGUUUUCCUUCACUGGUUUAAAAAACGUGGAAUGAAAGGGUGUGAAAUGCUGUUUGGGUUGUUAUGGUUGUCCUUUAACUGCAGGCAAAAAAAAGCAAGACAGGGAGUAGUUAGUGUGUCAAUGCAAAAGCAAAAUUUGAUUUUCAAUCCAAAAUAAACAAACCAGAGGGCACUCAGAGAGCGCAGAUCCAACCAGCUAAUGACAAAGUGUUUAGUAAUGAAAUAUGACAAAUCUGACUAAGUAUAUUUAUUUGGAGCUGACUUUCAAAAUACAAGAAUUGUACUCAGUCCCAGAGUUCAAACACUCGCACACUUUACCUCCUGUCUUAUGCACUUGACCUCUUGUGGUCACUUUGUUCUUGGUUUUAUCUUGAUCAUACUCACAAAGUAAUCACUUCCUCAUUGUUAUAUGUGGGUCUUUGUCUCUGUCUUUUCUCUUUUAUUCAUACUCAUACAUGUAUAAUCAGCCUUUAAAGACCCAAUCCGAUGAAAAUCAUGGUUUUUUUUGUUGUCUGCAUGUUCAUACGACAUUUUUCUGAUGCUACAGAACGUAUCAUGAGAAAUGAUAAGUGCAAAGUAGCAUUUCUGAGUAUUUCUGCAUUGAAAUCACUGUGAAUCUCUGGUAGAACCAAACGGCAGACUCACAUACAGUGAGAUUUUCUACGUAGCAAAUCCAAGCUCCACCCCCGGAGCCCCGCUAUGCAAGCCAGGAGAACGAGAACACGCGGAACAAUCGUGUGCGUUAGCGGAUUGCAAUGCUCGUAAGAAAGCUAAUUAUGAUAUUAGCUUUCAUCAUGUCCCUAAAGACAUUAGUGUCCGAGAGCUGAAUAGCUCCUAUGUUACCUGCCACUUCUACGACACCGUCAAUGUUAGGCGACAAGCUAAUGCGAAAAGAAGUGUGCAGAGCAGCGCUGUCUCCGGCCACGACUCAGAGGCGAAUUGCUAAUGAUCUACUGGAGCUCUGCAGAAGAAAAGCGCUUGAAAAUGACACAGGUAACACGAUUUUGGGCAAACACUUCAAAAUCACAGUUUAAAGACCACUGAGAACACUUUAAGUAGUAAAAAUAAAUGAUCGUAGUGUGACUUUAAUUACAGUUCCCUGCGACUUAAUUCUGAUAAAUUCACUGUAAAAAGGUGGUAAUAUAAUGAGAACACAGUGGGGUAUCAGAGGAGUAGCCACCUGCCUGUAGUAAAAUUGGCAUCUUGUGAAGUUAUGCACAUGGAGAGGUUUCAUAAAUGAUUGAUUAUUCAAUCACAAUCACAAGUAUUAUGAUCCUGCAUCGACUGCACAGGAAACUAAGUGAAUUCUGAGGAAGGACAGACCUGUAGACAGCCUCUGCAUGCUUUUGCAACCACUGUUUGUCCUCCUCUGUGGAGUAUAACUUCUCAAGAUCACCCAUGUUCGUCACUUUAGUACAGGUCGCUUAUAAUUACAACUCCUUUCUCAUAAAAUUACAGUUUCCUCACAAGAUUAUGACUUUAUUUGAGCAGGUUUAUGACUUUAAUCGAGUCUAGUCUAGUUUUAUUUAUAGCUUCAAUCUCGUACGAUCACGACUCUAGUCAUACUGUUUUCUUUUAUGACUUUAUUCUCAUAAUAUUACAACUUUAUUUUUGUAAUAUUUCAAUUUCAUCCUCAAUAUCAGAUGUUUUUUUCAUCCUUUAUGUGCUCUUUAUUCUUGGUUGUAAUUAUGUAAUCCUGAAAUUGAAUAAUUACAGUAUAUUUGUGUGAAGUCCAACCAUUUUAGACUACUUAAAAAGAAAAAAACAGACUGGGAUCAGUUUGUUUCUCCAGAUUUAAUCCUCUCUUUUUGCAUUUGUGAUGAAACCAACUUUUAAUUCUUUGAAAAAUGAGAAACCAGAGUGUUUCAACAUUUUGUAUUUAUACCAACAUUUAUCAUUGAAUCUGCUCAUUUUAGGUUCGCUCUGCAGUGAGGAAACGGUGGCAUCGCUGGCAAGACAACCACGCCCUCCGAGUGCGAGUGGCCCGAGCCAUGUCCAUCCCAACAUCUCCGACCAGGAUCAGCUUCCACAGCAUCAAACAGACCACCGCUGUGUGACCAGGGGAGCGAGUACAUCAUCGUCACUGCAGCAUCUAUGAGAACAGACUCUGUUCUUGGCUAAUAUUGAAGUGUUACACAGAGCAGACUCAGUCCUCGAACAAGACCACAAUGUUUCAGAUGUUAGCAAAGACCAGGGGACAUAUCUGAUGUCUCGGUGGAAAAACAGCGUCUUAAACUACUCCUUUAACCGCACAUGACAUAUGAUUGCAUAAAAAGAUUCCUGCAGGCUUUAUCGUCUUAAUGAUACGGUACACGAGGUGCAAAAGGUUUGGAUUUCACUGGGGAGGGAGAAGAAUAUCAUUACUAUGGCUUCAUCACCAAACUGUCAAAAUAAAUCUAAUCGUCUGAUCUUACCGUGGUGUUAUCGCUGUCAUCUUACUGCUUGGCGUGAGAUUAUCCCAUAGGAUUUUCUGCAGGAUACUUGAGCAGCACACACACUUGUAAGCAUCUGCUCCAUUCUUACAUAGCAGGUGGGCGAUGAGGAAUACUCGCUGUGCAAUUAGACGCAUCAACCACGAUGCACUCAAAAUGUUGCCAAAAAAAAUAAAGGCCAUUUGUGCGUAGUGAACCCUGAAUGCUCUUAACUUAUCUUUGGCUUCAACAGCUGCUUCUGACAGCAAGGAAAGAGGCUUUAAGGAAAAAAUGGAGGCUCACCUGAAUAAAAUAUCAAAAACUAGACAGGCUGAAGACAUCAAAUCCAAAUACUACUCUGCUGUCUUUGCCUAAAAGAGAUAAAAAUUGAUUUAAUGUGUAGUUUGCAAUUGUUACUCAUCCAACAACAUGUGGUGACACAUUUUAGUCAAUGUGAAAUAAUUAUUUUUUAUACAAACAAGCCAUUUAAGUGGAGCUUUUCUGACGUGUCUUCAGAUAAGUCUGAGAUUUCUCUCUUCGCUCUGUGGUAUUUUAUACAAAAGUUGAAUUUUUGUCUCGUAAUGUACGAUUGUAAACAUGGUUUGAAUACUCGUGCACAAGCAGAGCUUCCUCUCUGGUCCAGAUUACCACGGUUAUUAUUUUCUGCUUUUCUUUUGCCGGGUUUGUUUUGCUCUGAAGUCAUGAAGGAUGUGAACAUUCAGAGAAAUUUCAAGGGAGUGUUUGAGCUCCCUGAGGCAGGUGGAUAAGAGGUCUGACAUUAAAGGAAGGAAGAUACACACACACACACACAUUCAUUUAUGUUAUGUUUAUGUAUGAUCAAUACAGGCGCAGGAAUUUAAUGACAUGUUUUUGGCUUUUUGCUUUUUAAUGAGUCUCUGAAAGAGGCCGGUGGUUCAAGGGAAAAGACGCUUGAUGAGUGGAGACCAAUUUGCUCCAAUGGCAUCUCUUUUAUCUGCUCAGGCUGUUCACACAAUGCCGGGAACAACAGCCAUCCAUCUGCAAUCUUAAACUCAGAAGUGCUUUCCUUUUCAGCAAAAGGAUAACGAUAUAGGCUGACAAAGAAGAGUCCAAAUCUGCGACAAGCCUGAUUUCACAGAUGCUCAUUUCUGUGGCCCCAAAUUUGAGUCUCAUAUCAUCAGAGGAGAUUUUUAUCCGUCCGCUUGUAGAGAAUUGUUUGGCAUUUGGGGAAAUUUUCUUGCUUUCUUUUCUUCUGAGAGUUAGAGGAGAAGGUUGACCAUAUGUCCAUGUCACUUGUUAGCCAAGACUAGAAACAUAAAUGGGUUUGGCUCUGACCAAAGAAGUCUUCCCUUUGCCCUGGAGCCACAUGGAGACACACAGCUCACACUUAGUCACCACAAACAUUAAGACUGGUUUCACUCUGUAGUAACUGAUAUGUUGAACAUAGAGCAAGUAACACAUUGAAAUCAGAGCUUUAAAGGUGUUUGUAAAUUAAUAUCGUCACAUUUAGACUGAUCUGUGCUAGCUGUUUCUUGUCUUUAUGCUCAGCUAACAGACAGUUAAUCAUAAUGUAAUUUUUGAAGCCCUUGUCAGGAGCUUUUCACUGGUUAUAAAAGAGACUGAAAUUGACAGUAACUCCUCUUUAUGUUCUAUCAAGUAAAUAAGACCAUAACCAACAAGAGUGACGACUUUCACAUUGUAAUUUGUAAUUCCCGUGAGGCAAGACAAUCACCAGCAUGCUAAAACAACAGGUUUAAAAACUUUUCAAAGUAAGACAGCAUUAUUUAAUCUUUUUGCGCUGAAACACAACAGUUUCAGUCAGCAUGUGAGAGGUCCUACACCUCUUUGCCCAGAGGGGGCGCUAAACUCACAGGAAUUUUAACUAGGACCGAAGUACAAAUCUUCUCCUCUAACUUUCAUCAAGAGGGCAUUUUCCCAAAGUGUCAAAUUUUGUUUUAAAAACUGUAAUGAUUUGAAUGUUUAUAUUGAUUUCUUCUGUUUGUUUUUCUCCUGUUAAUAUUUCUACUUCUAUUUCUCAGAAAUGAAAUCCACUGGAUCUAUUGUGAAAAUUGGAUUUUAGAAGGAAAUAGAGAACUGCUGUGACCAAAUUUGUUAUACUGUGAUGUGAACGCAUAAAUAUCUGAUCUCUUUUGUCGUUACAUGUACAUAUCAUAGUUGAACUUUGUUUUUUUGUUUCUUUUUGUACACCAUAGAAGACUGGUUUGUCUUUUGGACUGACAGAAGCUAUUACUUCAAUGUGAAUCAUCCAAAGUGAUUUUACUGUAAAUACUCUGUUGUGUUUUAUAUACUUCAUGGACGUGUUUGUCAUCAGCGCCACAGUUUCUGCUGCUGUAUCACUUCGCUCCUAAUCUGAUAGAUGUGGAUUAUUUUCAUACAGAAAUAUCCAAACUCACCAAAGAGACAAAUCAUGUUUACCAGCAUCCAGAGUCCUUACUGCUCAUAUAAUUCAUUUCCCACACUGGCUGUAUUUUAUUUUAUUUUAUACAUGGUUCAAUAUAUCAAAAGCGGUGUGAAGUCAGAUUUGUUAAUUUUCACUGUACCCGUAAACAUCUGACCAACUCAAACCACCUAUGUUGCCUUACAGAUGAUAAAAAACCAUCUCUGUGUGAAAAGGAAGCUAAUGUCACUGUAAAUAAGGUUUCACUGUGUUAUUGAUAUACAUUUGUACAUGCACAUGUGAAUGGUUGAAUAUUCAUUUGAUUAAAAAAAUAAUAUACUCUUAUUUUAA